CUCCACAGAGCCGAGGAGAACAGCCGAGUGGUGCUGGCAGGAGCCUGAGCCCCCACGAUAAACUCUGGCAUCAGCUUCCCUUCAUCCGACAGUCAGCGAGGACACAGCGAGGGCGCAGGGGCAGAGAGAAGGGGACGGAGAGAGGAAGAGUGUCAGAGUGACAGAAAGAAGGGAGGGAGGUAGAGAGACAAUAAACAGGCAGAUAGACAGAGAAGGAAAGGCUGUCAAAGGAAUCACACAGCUCCUUCUUCUCACAGCAGCAGCAGCAGCAGAAGCAGCAGCCCAGCCAGUUCUGACUGCUGCCUCCCGAUGUGGGCGAAGGCUGACGUGGAUGACGGGUGGCAUGUUUUCGGCAGAACUGUUAUCUGAGUGAUGGUAGCAGCGGCCGCGGCGGCAUCACAAACCAAAGCAGGAGCUCUCGUGGCUGUUAGUCAUCCUCAGUCUCCUCUCUCCCCUCUCAGAGUGCUAUCAGGGCCAUUCAUCGUUCCCAUCUCAUGCCUCCUGCCUCCUCCUCCUCCUCCUCUUCCUCCUCCUCCUCCUCCACGGCUUCAUCCUCUACUUGUACUCCUCCUCUGAUGAGCCACAGCCUCAGAGUGAAAUAACCCCGCUGAUAGAAGCUUCUCCCUCUGUCAAGACAGUAAGUAGGGGAGGGAGAGAGGGAGAGAACUGCAUGUGUGAGUGUGUGAGGGUGACAGAAAGAUAGUGACAGAGUGAAAGGGAGUGUGUGUGUGUGUAUGUGUGUGUGUGAAAGAGAGAGAGAGAGAGAGAGAGAGAGUACAGCCAGGCGGCGAGUAGAAAAGAUGUUAGUGCGUGCGACAGAGGAACUGAUAAAGAACCAGCAGGUUGUGUGUAGCCGGAAUGAUCCUGCUGUGCGUGGACAGUGAGCUCUGGGCAUAGCAACAGCAAAGUGAUGCACAGGAAAGGUGAGUAGGUGUGUGUUCCUGCAUGUGAGUAGAGGUGAGGUGAGAAGUGCUGCAAGGAAGAGAUUUCAGUUCCAAGAGCAGCUAAAAAUUGUCAGCGCAGUUAAUUUAUGUCCAUGUUUGAGACUUCCUCACUCCAUUGCUCUUACUUUUUUAUGCUGCAACGAUUCAGGAGGGGGAAAAAAAAAAAGGAGGGAUGUCAAAGAAAAAAAGAAGAGACACUGGAGAAUAUGUGAUUGCUUUCCUUCUCUGUCUGUCCAGGUGCCAUGUGUGAUUGGCCAGCGCAUCCUGUGACAGUGGCAUCGCCCUGGAUUUGGCGAGAAGCUCUCCCUCCUGCUUGUUCUCUGGGGCUCCUCUGGGAAGCUUUCAUAGGAUUUAUCAGGUCCUGCUGGAUGGCACGGAGCUCUGUGCCUCUCUGAGAGGAGUCCACAGAGAAAACCAUACACUACACGGAUAAGAAGUAAAAUAAUUAUCCAAUCACAGCACAAGGAGGCAGACCGGGUUCCCUUAGCAACAACUGAAGGAGAGGAGAGAAUCCUUUUCUCUUUCUGCUCUCUUGGUUUUUGGGCACACCCCUGUGGACUGCUGUGGGUCAGUGUUUUUCUGAGAGGACUUGGAUAACACCGUUGCAUGAAGACGGGCUGCCUCCCAAAUCCCAGGGAAAGGUGCUCAUCUGCCUUCCAGCCCCCCCUUGUAACUGUGACUUCUCCCUACGACACUAUGAUUUUUUGUUAUGCUUCUUCAAAAUUCUCAUCACAAGUCACGUUCUGCUGGCUUGGAAAUCAAUUCAUUCUGAUCCCACGCCACCUGGAAUAAGCCCUGCUUCAGGGAGAUUGGACGCUCUGUGAAAGGACCCACACCUACCUUUCCUUGCCUUUCAUGGACGACAAGUGAAGGACGACAUGAGUAAGUCAUCAUCUGCAAAGAAAAUGGAUGUCAAGCAAAGUUUAUUUUGAUGUGAGUUCCACUGACAGUCGUUUUAUUUUUCCUGGAGAAGGAAACGCCGCACUGAACAGAGGAAUAUCCCCCCUUUUUUCCAAAUAGGAUCUGUCCUCUCACUCUCUUUCUUUCUUUCUCUCUGGAAAGACAGUAGCCUUCACUGAGAUACUAAAUUUAGUAGGAAAAUCUUGUCCCAGUUGGCCAAUAAUGUAGAACAGGAUCGUUUUAAAAAUUGAGCCACUGCUGGGAGUUCUAUUUUUCUAUCUAUGCUGGAUAGCUUUGUCUAUAAAGGGGUUAAUAUGAACCCAUUUUCUGCUUUCAAUUUUGUAUGUUAGCCUGCCAUUAUGUUAUUCUGUUUCACAAGUCAAAAAGAUUGUACGGGACAAGUGGGGUAGGGUAGAAGUCUCUUCCCUGUAUGUAUGGACAGGCGUUUUAAAUAGUAUCUCCUGGGGAACAUUUCCAAACGUACACACUGGCACAUGAGAUGAGUUGGCUCAAAACGAUUAUGUAAGAGUUUCGUACCAGCUUUAGCCCGUGUAUUUUGCCUCUUCAUUGUCAAUGGAUUUACAGCGUUUGACAUUUCCCAUGCUCAUUUUCUCUUCGUUUUUGGAAGCGUCUCCCAGAAGCCAUGGAUGUCAGAGUGUGACCCUGUGCCGAGUGUGCGGGCCAGGCAAGGCGUUUUGGCUGCCCAGGUGCUUUUAAGAUGUUGAGGUCUCCCUGCGUGGCCGGGGCCCCUGUUCGGAUCAGUAGCACUGAGGCUCCUUGUAGCCAAAGACAUGGACCCCGACUCGGCUCCCCCACGCCCUCAGCCUGUUGGCCACUGGCCCCACGUCGCCCUGUAAAGGAUGUCCCUCAGCAGAGCUCCGGCCCGGGACACCUCUGAGACCCCCAGCCCGAGAGAACGCAUCCGCAGCCACAUGAAGAUGGUGAUCAACCAGCUGGAAGGUAUCCUCAUAGAGCUCAAGGAUGUGGCCAAGGAACUCCGGGAGGUGAGGCCCAAUAUCAGCAUACACAGGCUGUCUUUAGGGGGGGAUUAUAAAAAAAACAGAGGGGGAGGAUGAGCUGAAGGCAGGGGAAGAAUGUGGGUGCCAUGUGGGUGUGCUCUUCAAGUUGACUGCCUUUAAUUAAGUGUAAAAUUCUUCUCGCAGCAUGGAGAUUUUGAUUAAGAUUUGAAAGUGAUGAGAUCUCACUUUUUUGUUUUGGUAGCAGGAGGAGGAUGUUGAUUACAGCCACAGACAGGCUGACUCUCUUUACCUAUCAAACAAAUACAAAUGUCCUUCAUGUGUUCAGUGGGGUCUUGUGAGGGGGGGGGGACAGAUGAUGUGAAGAGCUGUUGAAAAAGCAGCCAAAGCCAGGCUAAAAGGAAACAGAGAGGCAGGCUUAGAUAAGAUACAAGACUUUGCACCACAAUAGUUAUAUAACCAUUUUGUUAAGGAUCAGCUGGAUUCCUACUGUAUUUUUGCAACUGCCAUGGUAACGCUGCUAGAUGAGUGUGUGUGUGUGUGUGUGUGUGUGUGUAUUUAAGGUGUGUAUAGUGCAUCUGUACAGUGUGCAGUUUGAACAAGGAUCAACAAAGAGAGACUCUGUUUGUGUGCAUGUGUUCUUACAAGCAUCUACAAGUACAGGAACAAAAAGGAAAAUGCGAGUGUGACGGUUGAUAAUGCGGAGUACAUCUGUUCAUGGGUGUGAGAGAACAAAAUGGCCCUCAUCAUCUCUUUGGGAUCUUCCCCCCGCAGCUUCCUCAAAGCCAUAAGCUCUCCUCGCAAAGCUCCUCCAAAGAGAGAGAUAAAAACAGAUAGAGAGACAGAGACAAAUGAAACCCGAGCUAACAGUUGUGUCUGACCCAUCCCACAUCCUCCAAAACCAUCACAUGAUUAACCUCCCACCUACUUCGGCUCAGUGAUGCAGAGGGAUUUCAUGUUUAUCCGUGUUUUUCUAAAUCCAUCGAAGAAGUGAAAUGGUGGAUAUUAGAGCAUGUAAUGACCCAAAGGAGGAGGAGGAGGAGGAGGAAAGUUCUGAAUGUACAGGGGUGAAGCUGCCAUAACUCACUCCAUCACGGGGUAGGAACCCGUUCUUCUUCCUCCUCCUCCUCCCCGACUUGCAGCUCUGUCCCACUCACUACGCUCUACUUUAUGUGCUCGCACAGUUGGAGGUGCAAGGGCACAGCUCACGGGGCACCUUCUCUCUAGUGAGCAGGAGAAGCCGGCCUGCGCGGGGGAGUGAUUGAUGAUUAUGGGACAACUGCAAGUGGAAUAAUGCUGGCUGGGGCUAUUUAUAAACAAAAACACGGCCUGUGCCUCUGCCAACUCCAACGCAUAUUACCAUUCUUAUCCCCGACCCCAUUAGGGAGGGUUCUGCACAGUGGCUCAAAUGUCAUUUUUUUAUUGAGAGAGAGCACAAGCCCACAUAUUGAAAUGGCUAAGGGAAUCAUAUUAGCUGCAGUGGCGGUCAUAAUGCCGGUAUCAAUAUCCUGCAAUUAGCCGACCUGUGAGAUUGUCGACUGUAUCAAGCAGAGACGAAGAAAGAGAAUAGGAGUUGCCUCAUAAGAUGCAAGGAAGCCUAAUGUUCCAUAAAAUGUCUCAUUCUUGGCCACAUUAAAGGAACAAUAUAAUAGAUAACUGUCACAUAAAUAAGAGAUGAAUUGCUGCGUGAAUGUAGUGAAAUAAAUAACUCAGUGAAGGAGCAGUAGUGACUGAUUAUCACCCGCAAGGUCUUUGGUGAGCUGAAGAUUCUGCUGUGACUCCAAGGAGUGAAAACCGGCACUUUAGAUGCCCAACAAAUUAAGUAGAAGCUAGUCUGUUAGCAUAUGUAUCAUAUUACUUCACAUACUCACCAUACUAGCCUGCAGCAAUUGCAGCAAAUAGACAACUGCUAAAAUAAGAAACACCUCAUUUUGAAUCUUUUCUCAAUUUUCUGCUCACUUCUUGCCUGCUUUGUCUUAUCACAGCCAUACGAUCUAACCGUUUCAAUCUUUAAAUAUCAGAUUUUCAAUACGGAUUUACACAGUUUACGUUUCAUUGUUGAAUAAAUACAUCAGGCAGGAAACAGGAAAACCAUGCGUAGGCCCCAGGGGAAUGUCACAUCCACAAAAGUAGGAGACAGAAAAAAAAUAUCCUAAUUUUAAGAUUGUUUUGCCAACACUUGGCAGUAGACAGCAACACGAGCUGCUGUAUUUAGAACAAAUACUGUAGCAGAUUUGGGAUAUCUCAAACAUGAGAAUGACCCAUCUUGAAUGAUCUGUUUUUUAGUAGCAACAUAUGCUGUCAGAGGCCUUAUAACGACAAGACAGUAAGUACUGAGGUACAAACUGGAGGGUUAAGAACAUGUGUGUGCUUGACUAGGCCUUUUGGGAAGACCCUUCCCUUCGUUGUUUCUACUCCAAAAUAUCAGGCUUUACUCAUGAAGGCACAAAAGUCUAGAAAAGAGUCACACUAAGUUCGUACUUUCUCAUCUGCCAGACACCAUCAUCUUCAUUGUCCCUCCCCUGAAGAUCAAGAGCGAGCUGCUCUACUAAAACACUUGCUGAAAUAGGCUCAUCAUUUUUAACCAGAAUGUUGGGAUCACCACAAACAACACUCAGUGCGGUCUAAUUGAACCCUGCGGCAACCUACAAUUAGACUUAAAUCACUGUCAUGUCAAAGGCAAUGUGGGGCAAGUGCUUGGAUUUCAGACAUUUAGAGUAUUCAAAGACUCAGGGUCGCAUCAUAGCAAACAUUUGCCUCAUAUAAUCUCACAUUCGGCGUCAUUAUUUCUACUGAAGUUUACGCCAAACACUCAAGAGACAGCCAUUUUGAGUCGGAAAUUACAAAUCGUCAAUGUGGAAUUAAAAAGCAAUACAAAGGAAAUUUCCAUUUGUUAAGCCCGUGCUUUAAGUCUGUGAAAUCUCCACUGAAAGCAGCAGUUUUAUCCUUGGAUGGUUUUGUUUUGUGGAAGGUAAAGAAUAUAGUAACCAUUUCUAUUUCAACUUACAGGAGCCAGAUACAGGAAAAUAGUCAUUGUGACUGAUUAGAGUUUUGAGGCCACUUGCAGUACGGUACACUCAGAUUACUCAAGAUUAAAACCUUUUGAAUCAGAGGCUCUAUCAUCUUCACAAUGAGAUUAUUUAUUGUGCACACUGUGUUUUUAUAUGGACCAUUAGUAUAAAAAAGAGAGAUCACUCGUCACAGCAUUGGAGCUGUUUUAUUCAUUGUAAAUCUCCUCUCCAUGUCAAGCACAAACGCUUAACAAAGCAUGAUCAGUUCUUCAAGAUUACUCCUGUCGGAGGCCUUCAGUCGGAGGAAGCCUGUCUUACUUCUGAAUCCCAUUACAGGCUUUAUGACAGGUAAAAUGAGAAAGAUCUAAAGGAAGGACAUUGGAAGGUAACAUACUGAUAAACUACUCCAUUUGUUAUAAUAAUAGUGGCAGGAGUGGCAACUCUGGAGGAUAUAAUUCAUUUAGGUAUCAUGUCAACCUUGGACUCAGAAGUCUGAGGAUAAACAAGAACGGAAAAAGCACCAAAGAGAAUGCAAAGCAACCUCAGAAAUGUCUGAUCUUAAGUUGUGUUUUGGCUCAAACUGAGAAAAAAUCAAAUGAAAGUGAAUGUUACAGAGCAUUUUGUGUGUGUGUUAUUAGAGACUGGUAAAUUAAAAGACUAUAAUGAAGCUCAGGGAAAAACACAAGGCAAGCAGGGAGACGUAGUGGCCUGGACUCGGGGGUGAGCCUUACAUCUUUAUGUGGAACCAAACGGGAAUGAUGGACUGUUAUUAUGUGGAUGUAGUUAUUAUGCAGAAUCGAACCACAGGCAGACGAUGCUGAAUGUCUGUGUUCAGCUCAAGACAAAUGAACACAGGGAGGCAAUCAGGACUCGUAGAAUUACAGCUCUAAAUGAGAGGAGUGAAUAUAGGCUGGACAAAGAGCAAUUAUCAGUAGCAGAGUACAGCACGUCCAGGACACCGGCCUCCAUCAGUCAGCCUUGUGGUUGUUGACUGCACAUGCUCAUCAUUAUAGUGAGGAGCGAUUCAGUGUCUGUACUCAGCUACAGGCCUAAAGAGAGGAGAGCAAAGCAGUAGGAAAACACUUGUGUCAGGUGAAAACCGCAUCCUCAAAAAGUCAGCUUUUUAGAAGGAAGUCCUGAGUAACAGCUUUAUUAAUGAGACAUGCAACCAUGCAGAUUUAGGACUAUAUAAUGGAUUUUUUAAAGUGUGUCAUGAGUUCCUUUGAUCUACAGAAAAUUACCUGUGAGUAGCUGACUAUCAGCUUUGUAUGGCAGCUCAUUUUAAAACUUUGUGCUCUAGUUCUUAUGCAGGAGUAUAUCCCAUUUAAUCUCUAUUAACUUCCUGUAUUCAAGUAGGGAAUAUAGAGGCAGAGGACGAGGGUUUGAGUGUUAAAAGCUUCUGGUUUUAGAAGAGAGCUGCAAGACAGGACAAUAUGAGAUCAUGAAGGAUUUAAACAUGUCCAUGACACACACACACAGACACGUGUUGAGACCAACAACAGAUUUUAGAGUCAAAAUGUGUUGGCAGUAAAAAUGUAAAACGUCCUGUUAAACUUUGAAAUUUAGAGUAUUACAAACUCCAACAUGAAACUCUUCCUAACUGCCUCUAGAAAAUAUGUAAUCUAAACUGAAACAUUACACAUCAUAGACAGAUACACUUCAGAGAUCUACCUCACCACAUGGUCAUGUGACAUCUAGCCAAUCAGAUAGUAAUGUGGAAUGGAUACAGAAGUGGUGCAAGAAAACAGCACUGAACAGCAGCACAGCCAAAUUACCAAAGAACCUUUUUUAAAUAAAUAUGUCAGUCAUCUGUGAAAUCAAAAGCUGGUACAGAUAAUUAGCCGAAUCCUGAUAUCCCAAUACAAGAUGGCCAAAUUACACACACAGAUUAAAUCUGUGUAAACAGCCUUUGGCUUUAAUUGUCAAUCAAACUUUUUGUCCUCUGUGAGGACUAUAUUUUCAAAUAGGGAAUUGUUUUGGUCAAACUAGUCAGUAACCUAAAAUUGAACCGUGAUGACAUUGUGAUCUUGAGUCUGCCAUUAUAGUAUAUUAUUGUCCACUAGUGUUUUUCGAAAGACUAUUGCUUCCAGUGUACACUUCUGGAAACAAAAGAGGUAAGACGUAUCAACUGUCAUCUGGUUAGACUUAAAUAUGACUCCAUGAUCAUUUUUCAAGUUGGAAAUCAGAUUCUUAAUACUUCUCUGAACAGAACAGGAAGCUGAAGCUGGAUAAAUUCUCCAGCAGUUGUCUUGAUAACCUCUGGCAGCCCCUGGAGCCCCCCUCAAAAAAACAUUAUUGGGCUUCCCACUUUCAGAAACAUAACUUCUGUCAGACAAGAGCCCAAAGGUUCAAAGACUGCAGCUUGUAUGAAGGUACAUUUCUCCAUUGCAGACAUGGAGGCAAAAUAGGGUGGUCCUUUUUUAUCUAUUCAUCACCAAAUACCGGCAGCCUGAUCCCAUCCGCCUGGCUGUCAAAUCAAGACAUUUGUGUUUAAAUGGGGUCUGUCAGAGCAAACCGCAAUGUAAAUAAUUUGAUCAAAAAGGCUAUCAUGCGGUGCUCUCUCAUGUCUGCCGCACGCUUAAACGCUGCAUUUUAAAAGCUUGGUGAGGGCGCUGAGAUACCUAAACAGCUGGCCCCAGAUCAGGCGGCCAGCAAGCCAGCCAGUGUAUCCUUAUCAAGACUGAAACCAGUUAUGACACAUUGAGGGGGGGAACCACGAUCCCCCUCCUCUGAAGCUCGGCACUAAACCAAAUCUGUUCUAAACCCAGAGGCAACGCAUGGGAGACCAAAACCAAAAUCAAAGGGCCAUUUUUUUUUCUGCAGGGGCCAUAUCCCCUCCUCACGGCGUGUUUUCCCCUGCUGAUGCUGCUGCUGAGCAGGGCAGGGAGCGGAAAACUGCAGAGCAAGAAUCCUUCAACAUUUAACUAUGAGGGGACUCCAGUAACCAAGAGCACUUCAUUCAGAGGGAAGAACAAUAUCAAGGAAAGACGUCAAAAGUGUCAUCCCAUUAAAUAGCUGAUCUGACUAUGUAAUUAAUAAAUAAAUAAAUUUAAGGGCGCAUGUAUCACAAAACUGCAUGCUGUCUGUGGUGAACAUGGCUCACUGCAGAGACAUGUCACACAAAAUUGGAUGAUACUCCAAAAUUAUCAGCGAAAAGGGAGGAGAGGGAAGUACGCAAUCAUAAUAAGUGUUCACGACAACAUGUCUUACACUGAUGUAUUACUUUGCUGAAGUCUGUGCUUUAAAUCAGUUUGAUACAUCAUUCAGUCACCGAGUAUGGAAAAUAUGGAGAAAACAAAAGAGCAGAUUUCACCAAGAAAGGCCGCUCCUACCGUGCAUUUACAGACAGUGUUAAUUACACUAUAAAUAAAAAACUCUUUUAAUUGAUUUUGCUGUCAACUAAUAGCCGGGGAAUUGUGGUUUUUCUUGUUAUUCUAAAUGAGAACCUACAGUCAGAAAUUACAAUGACAAUCAGUCACAAAGCUGUGUUCUGGCUGAUCAUUCCCUCCAAAGCAACCAUUUUAACCUGGCUGCCAAUGCUUUGGGUUUAUCGCCAAGUUGACCACAGCCCAAUAGUCUCCAUUGGGGAUGGCUGAGUCUGUUCUCCACCAAAGAAUCUAUUUCCUUCAGAUUAUUGCAGGGUUUGGCCCAGUCUCCAACCUGUGAACAGGCAGACCAGCUGUCCUUGUAGGCCAACAACACUCAGUGGGCAACACACGGAGCUUCACUGCUCACCGAGUGAAAGUACCCUUCAACCUGACAUACCUGGGCCAAAGGCUGUCUUCUCAUUAAAAGCCAUUUGGAUAAAAUGACAAGUACCCGCCUGCUGUGUCUGUCAAUUUGUUCCUCCUUGCCUGACCUCUUUUGUGUGUGAAAAUUAAAUUCCUAAAUUAAACUUGGUGACGUGCCUCCAGCAGAGUUCUCUUUGCUGAGGAAAACAACAAGUACAAGGUACCUCAAACCUUAUCUAUUAUUCGCUCAACACAAAACACCCUGCCAUCUCCACUACUGGGUUUGCUGCCUUGAGCUGAGCUCCACAAUAAUGUGUCUGUUCUUGGAAUUAAUCAAAGACUCAGUUGUUCUCAGUGCUGGUGAACCACUGCUCCUGUAUUUGAAGUAAAUGUUAGCUUUUGGACAAACUGGCUUUGAACAAGUUCUGAACUGGCAAUAGCUGUACUCAAGUUUGUUUGUUCAAAACCAUCACUGCGGCCCCGUUGGCUAAAACAAUCUGAUAUGAUCAUUGCCCAAAUUCUAGUAGAAGCCUCUGAAUUCCCACACCUACAAGUGUGUUCUGACAGGGUAGCUGAGGGUUUGUGUGCAUGAUAGUAGUCUUAAUUCAGGAGAUAGUUUUUCCUUAAGAACGACGGUUUAAAGUACUGCCAUUUAAGUUUGAAUGAACUUUUUAUACAUUGGGCUUAAAGUAUAAAUGGUUCUAUAAAAGUAUUCAGUGAUGAACUCUGUGAACGAAUCACCACAAAAGUCAUAAGGCUGCUCUGAAGCUUUUCUGAAAUACAGCACUGGUCUUGUCCUUGGGCCAAGAAAUGACAGUUGUGGGAGCUGAGUGUGGAUGCAGACACUGAUUUCUUUCAAUGGGCUAUCAUUAGAGUUGGGGGCUUUUUGCGACCACUUUUUAAGCUGCAAUUGUCAAGAAUUAAUACGAGAAGUUUGGGAAUAAAGCACCAGCACUAGGACGUGGUUAUGUGGCUUUUUAUCCACAUAACCAGAGAAAAAAUAGGGAUGUCUCAGUUUAUGUGAAAUGAAUAUAUACCAACUAUUUACUUAGGGCUGGGCGAUAAAACAAUAACAAUAUAUAUAGAAAAUUCAAUUCCUUCAAUAUCAAUAGGAAAUAUGGUCAAUAUGAUUUUCGAUAGUUGGCAUUCUGCUAUGUUUUGGUAGACUAUACAAAUGGCCAAUGAAAAGGGGAGUUUCUCCAGGUCCGCUUGAUGCUGAACCAAUCGUGCUGAAUUAGAACCAUAGAAGCAAACAACUGCGUAGCAACAGGCUGCAGCCACAUGCAACCAUAGCACUUUAACACGUGAAGCUGACAGCACUGUCGGGGAGAAAAAAAAAAAAGAGUGCUACCCCCGGCAGAAAUGCAGAUGAAGGCUCAACAGGUGACCACAUCAUCGACAAAACUGGCACAAAAAUGUCAGUGGUGUGGAGGUAUUUUGUUUUUUUAAGGUCGGACAUGAAUCAGAGUAAUGUGCUCUGCAAAUUUUGUCAGGACCUGUUAAAUUUCAUUUAAGAGUAACAGGGAACAUUUAAGAUUGACAAGUGAAUUUUUUAUAUCAUGAUACAUAUCGAUUGAUAUGAAAAAAUAUAUUGUGAUUAACUUUUUCCCAUAUCGCCCAGCUCUAUGUUUACUGUAAUAAAGCUACAAAGAAAACUGUGUGAUGGUUGGUGAUCAUUUGACAUAAACAGCCCUCAGACAACGAGGCUUCUUUUCCCUCUGAUGACUCAUAUACAGUGUUUAUGGUUGCACAGUGCUGAUCAAAAUGUUUAGGGGCCUCGUUCUCACACUCUUGAUUUUUUUCAAAUAAAUAUGAAUGACAUUUCACUUUGAUUUCAGCAUAAGUCUCUACUUUGAAAUUAUGCAGAUAGAUUUUUAAUGAUUUAAAGCAUAUUUCCAGAGGUUUCAAGAGAAGGGUAUAUAGGUUACAUAAAUUGUGCUUUCAGCUGAUGCUAGCAGAGACCAGCUUUCAAUGCUGACAGUAUCAGAAGAAAGUCUCAUAACCACGUCUGAGGGUAUUUAAGCAAGCAGUAUUAAGAACCGAAAGGAGAGCAGAAUCAAAGAAGAAGACGUAUUGGUAAACAAGGGGUUAAAGCCCUAGCAGUGUCUAACCUUGACAGCUGGGAAAAGAAUAAAACUGCACCACGCAAAGCAUUCCCCUGAGCCUUCUUUACCUAGCCGUGCUGUGGAGCCCCAGCUUCUUUAGGAUGCAGGCCCAGCAUAUUGACUAGCCCAUCAUGCCUGUAAGACCCACUGGAUUAGCUGGCCCUUUGAGCUCUGCCUCCCUCUGCGAACCUUGCACUCAGCACACACUGUAAUGAGAGCUUUGGUAAGACCUCUGCUGAGGUAAACACUCCAAAAAAAAUGUGCUCGUCUUGCUCAUUGAUUUUUAUCAACUAACACGCGUACUUUGGGCCAGUUUCAGAUAAAGCAGUGAAAAAUUUUAUAAUGCAAGUUUGUACUUUGUGAUUCUGCCACAGAGGCUUUUGCCUGUCCCUAGGCAAGGAUAGAGCUGAAUAGGAUGAAAAGAAGAGUGAAAGGCGGAGGAAAGAAAGAAAGAGAAUGUGUGAAAAAGAGAAAGGGACAGAGAGGGAGAGAGAAAGAGAUGAAGGGAGGAUUGAGAUAAUGGUUUCUCCUGCAGCACAGAAUUGCGACAGACUGGGUGGAACAGCUUAGAUCAAUUGUUGCAAUUGUGCUCGUUCGUGGGCGUGUUUAGGAUUGUUUUGGCCUAUCUCUGUGCUGUGAAUAAAACCAGUAGGCUGUAGUUAAUGGUGUGAAAAAUGGCAUCCAUCGAAAAGCACAAGCAGAGUCCAAGAAUAGCUACAUCAUUUUAUUGUGUCAAAGCAUACUGUACGCAGAGGAACAGCUUGCUCUCCAUUAGGCCGUCAGACUGACUGCGUCUUCAGCCAGGUGUAGAUCCCAGUUUUUAGGAUGAGUACAUUUGUAUGGAGGGCUGAAAGGCAUAGCAAGAUACACACACACAAAAAAAAGUAAUCUGAUUUUGAAGGUUUGAUGUGUUAUUCUCCUUUUCUCCCUGGUCUGUGAAAGUACUCAGGGCAGCACAGGACAACCCACUCAAAACCAUAGCAGCUUAAUCCAGCGACAGUCUUAGGGACUUUGUUAGACUGAGGGAUCAUCAAGAGGAUUUUUGUCCUCUCUUUUAUUUUUAGCCAUAGUCUGCGAUGCAUCAUAAAUCAACCCAGUUUAAAAUAAGAUUGCACAGCUUCAACAAAGCCCAGUAUCUGGAUCCUCUGGCCGCAGAACAAAAAUUUUCAGAUAUUUAUGAUGCAUAUAGCUAGUCCGUUCAGACUCAAGCAGACACUGGCAAGUGUUUUCAAUAUGUGGAGAGAUGAGCUGCUGAAUAUUUGAGUGACUUUGGAUUCCCAGCAUGAUUGUUAUUUGCAGAUUAAGGGUUAAAUACAAAAUUUUCACGACUUUGUCUGGUGGAGAACGUAUUUCCCAAGCAUUUUACGGAGAGUAUCUAUCAAAACAUAAUAAAUCAUCUGAACGUUACUAGAAAACAAUCAGUCCAGCCAUACAGUGCACUUUACAUCCUUUUUUUCAGUUACAACCUUUUCCUGAGCAAAGUUUUUGCUGUGUGUGAAUGGAAGUGUGGUGUUUUUCCAGGACAGGCAGAGGACAAAAUAAUGACACUGACACUGGAAACUUUUUCAGGGUGUAUCAAUUUUGGCACAAACACUUGCUAGGUUGUUCUGUCUCCACUUAGACCGGUUAUAUUGAUUGUGUCAAAGUCCAGACAGCAAAACCCCAAGUUAAAAAACAAACUGUGUCCUUGCUUUUUUUGUCUUUUUUGUUUGUUGUGUAGAUCUCAGUAUUAUUGUCAUGAAUGCUACUAUCAGAUAUGUAAACAAUCUCUAAAGGGAAAUUUUGACAUUUAGGAUAACCAUAAUUUUUUAUGUGUUUGUUUAUAUCUGUGUGACCGACAUGGAGAUAUCACUAAAAAAUGCAUACACAGUAAAAAUACACCUGGAAACCUUCCCUUUUCCUUUACUACAGUAAAUAUAUGCUGGGCAGCAUAAAGCUGCUUUUUUUAAUAACAGCAAUUAUAAAAUGUUUAUUUUACUGGCCCAAAUCAGAGCAGCUGUGUUGUUCUGAACACAGUCAUGCAGCACAAAUUUGCAACAGGUGCUCAGAAAGAAUAACCUUAAAUAAAACUGGUUUAAGGUUUAGGUGAGUUUGGCAGCAAAGUUAAAUGAGAUCUUUGACAUUUUUGGGAUCUUUAUACACCAACCAGCAAAAACAUUUUGAACAGCUGGUCAAUCUCAUGCAGUCUCAUACAACAGCUCUACUAUAAAUGUCACUUUCAAAAGGCUUCUUAAUACAUACUUUUGUUAACAUGAUCAGAGAAGUAAUUGACUAUUUUACUUGAUAUUUAUCAUUUAAGAUGUUGUGGCUGCUGGUAAUGGUGUACUGAACUGUGUUUGUUGAGAGGUAUUAAAUAUUUUGUUCACAAACAUGAGGGGGAGAAAAAUAAUGCAAACACCUUUCUGUAAAAAGCUCCCCUCUUCAACUUCAACACUUCGUUUAAAGAACAACUCUCACCUGUCUGACCACAUCAACAAAAAUAAAACUGUUAUGUUUCAAAAUUAGUCACUUAAAUUAUCACCAAGUAGUUUUUUCUCUCUUUUUCUUCUUAGUAAAGUAGUAGUACAACACUCAGCAACAAAAACUCAAACUCUCCCAAAAAUAAUCUUUUCUCUCUUUAUGAUGGUCAUCUGAUAGGCAUCUAUUUUCCUGGUUACAACAGUGAUAAAUCCCACCCCAUCUAUUUUAUGGUUGGUUGUCUGGAGUAGCAAAAGUUGCAGAAAACUUCUGGGUAAAAAUGCUUAGAGCAGCUGCACAUACACCAAAUACUCUGAGUGUCUUGAAAAAGACACCGGGCACAGCAGUUUCUCUUGAUGUGAACUAAAUUGACUUCCAUAACAUCUUGCUUUAGUGCGAGAUAACUGCAGCUAGAGCAAGUUGGCUAAAAUUUACCCCUGAUCUUCUUUCCGCCCUUCUGUUAGAAGCAUUCAGAAACCUUAAAAAAAAAACAGCAACUAAAGGGAGGAUGACGCAGAGUUGUACAUUUAUCAAUAAUAUUCAUGGCUUCACCCGAAUGUGUAAUUCUAAAUAGGAAAGAUGGAGUGUCUCUGGGACACACAGGUAUCAAGUUUACUGCAACCUUUCAAAUUGGAAUGCCUCAGAGACACAGGAUACCUAUAACAUCAUUGCCCAGGUAAUCAUCAUUUUUGGGCUGGUUGGUGUAGUCUGUGAUGUUUCUGCACUUUAGUUUUUAGGUUCAAGGACUGAAACAACAUUUUAAAAUUUUUAUUUAAAAAAAAAAAAGGAAGAGGUAAAAUGUGCCAUGUUUUAUAUUUCGUCCUUCGUUUUGAAAAUACAGGAAAAAAAAAAAAAUCAACAUAACUGCACCCGUAGAAUUUGCAUUUUUGUCUCAUACUUCUGGAGGAGAAUAUCAAGUUAAUGAAGAGGCAAUGCACUUUGCAAUAUGAACAACAAGACUCCAGAAAUGACAAGAUAUCGGAUUCUUUUACAGAGAUUAGUUUCAAAUCUGCAUAAUUAAUGCCAACUAGACAGAGAUCCAUUUAACAUCUAAAUGUUUUAGUGAGGCGCCUGUCUGUCUGAGAAUCAAAGCAGGGCGUCUGAGCUGGGCCCCAGUUGUCACAAUUAAUCUGCAUCUUGGACCUGAGUUUGACCGGACGUAUUUGCUUCUUGUUCUCAGUUUUGAAGAGUACAUUUGAGUUUGCCAUUAGAUUAAUUUAGUACGCUCUGUGAGUGAUGAGUUAGGGUACUGAUAUCAUUACCCUCCAGAGACUUUGACACCUUAGGGUAGCAAUGGUGGUGACGUUAAUUGUCAAGAAAACAGUGAAUCAUCACAGACUCGAGUUAUUUCGAUUUUAACAGUGAAAAUGAGCCAAAUAUAACCAAGUGACGCACAGAGCAGCAAAAGGGGUGAAACACCUGUUCACUCACAUGGCCUGUUAGCAUGCUGGGAAUUUGGUGCAUAAACACAGGAACUGGAAACCAUGACCAUCGGAGGGCAACCUGCAUUUUUUUCCCAACUGUACCUUUGUCCCUUCAUUAUGUUGCCAGGUGGGUAGCCGUGUGCUCGCUAAUAGACUUGUGGUGCUAAAUUGUACCACAGAUUACAAACCAAAGGCAGCAGCCCUUCCAACAUGAACUCAGUAUUGUGCCAGUCAGGGUUGAUGGAGCAGGUGCUGAAGCUGUAGGUGAAUAAGUCUGCCGUGACGGCGACUUAAACCCAAAGUAUGACUUCAGAGCAUGUGUGUUUCUUAAAGUUUAAGAUCAGAUAAAGGUGACUGUUGUCGUAGUGUUAACACUCGGCUCACCACAGUCACUGUGUUUUCCUGUAAGGUGGAGCACCUUUACAGUCUCUGACGCCGGGAUGUAAAAACUCUAAAGCAUCCCUGUUGUGUGCCUUCAAAGACAGCCCUCUAUGUGUCUGGAGUCUCCCUCCUUCUUGUUCUGUUAUUGCAGAGGAAGCUUACACUCUGCCAGCGGCACAGCAUGGAGAUCUGCCUCCACUGUCAUUGUCAAUACCGUGAAAACACGCCAUCCAACGCAGGGCAAGGUAAGAUGAAAGAGGCACAGCAGAGAGGACAGGCUAAUUAUUCAGACACAGAGCUAAGAGCAAACAGGACAGACGAUGUCAACAAACUGUUUGGAUGAUUAAUGUUUUUUGUCAUCGACGCAGUCACCUGUGCAGUUGGCAGUUUAUGGCCAAGACGAUGAAGACUGAGAUUUCUGACUUUUAUGCAAAGUAGACGAUGCGGCAAGGUCUAAGAAGGGUGAAAAAUAUAAUUAGACUUUUUGGUCUGCUGUUAUUCUCAAGGAUAUUAACCGGUGAUGGGACUGCAGCUUGGUGUGGCUGCAGUGGACCGUGUGCUGCAGGUUCUGAUUAGAGAGAAAAAUCCUAAUUAUGAUAAUGCAGAAAGCAGAUUGCGAAAAAUGAAUUCAGUGAUAAUUCUAUAGAUGUACAUGCAUUGGCAAAUCCUGAAGGUUAAUAGCCCUAUAAAGUACGUUCUUUGUUUAACACCAUACAGGGCCAACCGUUUCCUGGUAGUCUUUCAGGAUUUCUUUUAUCCUUGUCUGGUUUUAUCUGAUUAACGGUUUCAUAGCAGAUGUUCGCGUCAGGUCCUGAUCCUCAUUCUUUAGAUGUUAGGUAUCAAAUAGGCUUUUGUUUAUGGUGUUACAUGGUUAUGGUUCUUAAAACGUUAACAACACAGGCCUUAUUAUAAGCCUCUUAGGAUAACUCGAUGACCUUCCAGCUGUUUGGCAGAAGCAAUUUGAAUACAUGACAUUAUUACAUCAAGUAAUCCUGGAGUUAUCUUUACCUUACACUGCAUGUCAACACAAAUCUCUUUCCCAUGACAAACUAACAAGCUGGUUUGAUUUGUAAACAGCUGGUAAUGUAUUUAAAAUGACUGCUUAUCUUUAUAACAUGGUAACACAUGUAUUUUUAAAAACAAGGCAAUAGAAAUAUGACAGUGUUAAACAAUAAGAUCAUUGACAUAUAGUGAAUCAAUUAUUUGAUUAACAGAAAAUAAAUGUCUGCUUUAUUCGAUCGAUUCAAAUAUAAAGAUCAAUACAAAAACCUUUCGUAAUAAUAAUGUAAUUUGUGAUCACUUUGUCUCCAGAAACUGUAGCCUGACCCUUUAUAAGGUCAUACACUCCUGGACUAAAAUCACGUACAUGUAAGUGUGACUGACUGACUUAAUGUGCACACUGCUCUAUUCCCUCAGCGCAGAUACCUCCUACAUCGUACAUCAUGUUCAAUACAGUCCAUUGUGGCUGCAUGGUUACGCAGUUGAUCUUUAACCGCGGGUAAUCUUUUCUUCGUCAUCAAUGACUCACAUGUGCAUCAGUGAAUAAUGACCAUGCAUUAGGUACAUUGACUUCCAACACUGAAAAAUCUGUAUUUGCAUGCUGUGUGUGGUAAAGUAUCAAAUAGCUGAAGAGUCUGACAAGUAAAGCCGCUCUGCUGUCCUCAUUUCAACUAUGACUCACAGUUUUGUGGCUCCCAGUGAGUGAGCACAGAUUAUUCUGUGGAAUUGAGAUGCUUGAUAGAGAUACAAGGACUGAAUUUUUGCACAGGAAAAAAAAUGCAUUGUUUUUUUUUUUGUCUAGGAUAAGUUAUUAUGACUUAUUUUGUUUCGGUUGUUGGCAAACACGGAUGAUGAAUGGUUCGUUCCACUCUAAAAUUCACUGUUUCGUCCUUGUUCUCUCCAGUUGUUUUAAAUUCAAAGCAGUCCAUCAAUGGUUUUAAUGGUCAAUGAGUACAGUGUGACGAUCAAUAUAGAGUGCGGUCCAGUGUGAAGAAGAGGCAGUUGCAAUUUGUGUGUAACCAAGGACUAAAGGUUAUGCAUGUGUACAAUGACAAAUACAAGGCUACAUUUUCUGGCACGACCGCACAAAGAGCAAACUGCAGACUGUGGGCACCAUGAUCCAACUGUGUGUGCAUCUGUGCUCUGCCAAAUGCAAAACUAUGUAAGAAAUUGACCUGAAGUGUGCAGCCUGUCCUUGUUUGGCUUUAAACCCUCUGACAUGGAUUAGAUGAAGGAGACAUGAAUCAGGGUUGAAGCUGGGAUGACGACCUACAUGUUGGCUAUAAAGGUCAAAACUGGAACUAUAACUCCUGGAAUCAGCUGUUCGUGUUGGCACAGAGGGCAGCUUGAUGGAGUGCUUUGCCCAUAGUCAGGACUUUCAGAGUCAGGUGAGGGUGAAGACACCCGGGUCAUCUAUUGUUGCGUUGGGGAAGGGAGUUUUUGUCAGCACAACACAAAUAGGACAAGGGUAUAUGCCAAGGUAGUGGGUAUCAGUUGCAGCAGUCUUAUGUGUUUUCGUGUGCGGGGGAAAUAUUUACAGACAAAAUAUGAUGAAAUCGUGCAGAAAAAAUGAAGCAGGGUGAAAAAACUGAGGAAAGACGCAGCCAGGGAGAGACUGAUGAAGGAAAAAAAGAGACAGACAGACAGAGAAGAGGCUUAUCUCUUGGCCUGCAGACAACAGUUCUUUUUCUGAGCUGGAGUCUUGUGCUCUGGGCCCCUGGGCACGAGUCUUCCUCUUCGGGGCCUGCGUGAGCCAUAAGGUCAGCAGUUCAUCUCAUAAUUCUAUGACUGCAUGUCAGUCGCAGAUGCACGACAAUAAAAAGAAGAAAAAAAAAACUUGGUCUAGCUAUUUAACACCUGUCAUUCCUGCCUCGUUCCUUUCCAGCACGGGGAGCUGACUACUGCGGCUGUUAGCCAAAGCAUAUUUGCAGGAGGAGCAUUUAAGAUUUCUUUUUAUCCAUCUGUGUGCUUUUAUGUUAAUAAUCUUUUCUCAGUACUGACUUAUAUAUAAAUUGUGCUGAAAAUUCACAAAUCCUUUGCCCCAAAGAAGAUUCAAAGCCAUCUGUCUUGCGUCACUAUUGCUUUGCAGAGUCAUUUGUAACGACCAAAAAUAGCUUUGGUCUACAUUUAGUCAGUGACAUCUGUGAUGACCUAAAUGGAAGCGAUAUUAAAUGGGCUGCAAGUAGCUAAAUUUGUAGUGUCACAUAGUCUUUGAAGGGAUCUGUGUUUUCAGCACAUCUUUAUACCCAAAUGAUGAAGAAAGACAACAAAAAAAUCAAGGGCACUGCGUACAUCAAAACGCUGAAAUUGCCUUCAAAGCUACUUUACAUGAACCAGAGGGCAACCUGCAUCCGUAAGUUUCUGUUCUGUGUUUUCAAACGAUCCAGAUAUUAGGACAGAAUGUAAUGCGGUGCAGCAUGACUCACACACAGGACCAAUAAGACAGGAGAGAAAAAAAUCUCUUGAUCUUUGUGGUGAAGGGCUAGAGGAAAAGCAAAGGAGAUAAACUAGUUUCCAAAUUGGAUUUAAAUUUUUGACCACAAGAGUUUUUUUUUUUUUUUUUUUUCUUAAAAUGAGAACUUUCAGGGACAUUUCUUUCAAUAGAAGCGUGUUUGCAUGGGAAAUAACGAUAUAAAAUAAGUACUUUAUCCUGCUGUGACUUCCAGGUCUUUCUCAGAGAACUGCAGAAAGUGAUUUUGGUCCAUCAUCCCCUAGAUGUUCUGAAGCCACCAAUUUUUCGGUGGAUUUAGAGAGAAUAUAAACCACUGACUACUCUAAAGGUAAUGAAACAAUUAGGAAACAGUAUACAUGUGGCUAAACACAGGAUCACAAAGUCUGCGGGUAAAACAAUAUCAAUUUAUUUUGUCAGAGUGUGGCUAACAUCAGCAGAGCUAUCAGUCCUUUGUGCAGGUUAACAUCAUCCCACCAAGGCUGGGUACACAUUAACUUAAACCAUAGCCUUAAACCAUAGCUGUGCCAGAGAUAUAAAGAGAAGACGAGAUACGCCGGUGCGCUGUAACAGCCUGCUAAGCGACAUGCUUACGUAGCAGCCAUCUUGGUGGUGGCAUUGUUCAUAUUAAAGGGAAUAUAUAUACACUGAAAGUAAAUCAUAACUUGUUCAUUUCUCAUCCCCUUUUUCAUGCAGAUUAUUUUCAACGCAAAAACAUGUGCUAUUAGUACAGAACAUUUAAUUAUUUUUUUUCAAAUCAAAUCUUCUGUGUUAGUAGCACGUGUUUUGCUGUUGAAAAUAAAGUAAACUGCAUGAAAAUCGGUUGAGAAAUAGAUAGAUUUAUUUUCAAUGUACAUGCAAUACCUUCAAUGGGAACGAUCCCCCUCCUAGCUUAGCCUCGAUAUAGGCACCACGCUCAAAGGGGCGUGUCAUAUCUAUGUAUUCAUAUCUAUGGGCUGUACUACAUCUUGGACACAAAACAAUAUUGGUACACCAGGCCUGCAAUAAUAUCAGUAAUAGUAAUAAGCAUAAGUGAAGAGUAAUUCUGAAAUCAGUCAGACAGGUGACAAUGUUGAAUUUUAAAUAAUGACAAAAACAUGAAAAAUGGCUCAGACUGCUAUUAUUUCACUAAUAAAAAACCGGGACUAAUAUUGCACCCACUCAUUAACAGCUCAGAUAGUUAAUGGAAAAAAAAAAUCUAAACAAAAAAAUAAAGUACAUCAUUCCUGGAUCAACCCUAUCAGUGACAGUGUAGUCAGUGCAUCCUGGCUGGUGGUCUAAAUGAACUGAAAAAUUAAACAUCACAAGCUUUUAGCAGCAUAAUAAAUUAUUUUUAAUCACAUUUUGUGCAACUAAAAUAACAACAGACUCAAAGCAGACCAGUGUGGACCUGUCUGUUUUCACACCCAAAAAUACACCUACUGUACUCUCUCCACCUGAAUACAAGAUUAAUCAAAUUAAAGGAUGAUAACAUACAAUUAAACCACCUGGGUAUCGGUAUUAAAACUCUACAAUGGAGAAAUCAAACAGCCUGUAGUGUGUGAGAUGGGGGGGCAGCUCUAGUAAUGGGCAUGCAUUUAGCGACACACUGACAAGCGCUUUCAAACACAGUCACAGUCAGGGUUUUUUUACUGUUUCACCACUGUCUACUUCUUGUGCUCGUUUAAUUCUUUAAAAAGGCCAUCAUAACUCUGAAUCAGUUGUUAAUCAAUUUGUUCAACUUUUGGCAACUUUUGUAAUUUCUGAAUAUAGAGCUGUACAUAUUGAUGCACCAUUAAUAUCUCAAAAACACACACAAAAAAAACUUAAGGCUUUAACUACAAUAAAAAAUUGCUUAGUCAUGCACUUCGGAUAAGCAUUUAUUAAACAUGCCAGCAUCAGGAAACCCACAAGAGCUACAUGAAGUAAGUGUAACUGAAACAAAGCUUAGCUCUUCUGGCUUCUGCUAUGGUCUGCUUAGGUUUUUACAGUUGGUGCGUCUGCAUCUGUACCUGCAGUUGUUUUCAUUCAUGUUGAUGAUCCAUACUAACACUGUCUCUGAAUAAAAGGAGUGGAAUUGGAAAAACAUCUGAAGAGCUACUUAAAAAAAUGCCCCUAAUAUUUGAGGAUGACCGCUGUAAUGAACUUCAGGAACAAAUCUAAUCUAAAAUAUAAAACUGAUCUAAAAAUUAAAAAUCAAAUUAAAAUGUCCUUCUUUGAUGCAAAUAUGCGUCUUAGACAUGGUAAAAUGUGUGAAAAUUGGUCUGAUACAUGAAAACUUCUCUGAAAACAUAACAAUCUGGGGAGGCAACAUGUUCACUCUUUACAGAGAAUUAUGUGCUGUGAGACAAUAAAAUUCCCAAAUCAAUUAAGGAAGUCUUGGCAAGCCUGUGAGCUUUAGCCAUAUUUCCCCACAUUUUCUAUGUAAAUGAAAACCUAAUUUCCCUACUUAUCAUACCAAUUUGCUGGGAUCAAUGCACCGUCUCUCUGUUUGGGACCAAGUCCCACAGUGUUUUGUAUCCACAGCUUAGUUGCCAUUAUGAUGCCCUACUUUGAUGCCUCCCUAAAAAGGAUCUCAUCCUCUUGGAGCUUCAUUUUCUUUCACUUCAAGCUGUUCCCACUGAUUGUUUCAGAACUUCAGACAAAAUGUUGAAUAGAAACUUAAUAGCUAAAGAUAAACUCUUUUUGACAUUUUCUUUGUCAUUGAGGCAAAAAAGAAGCGAUCAGCAGCAGAGUGGAGUAUCUCUCUCUUUCUCUUUCUCUCUCGAGAAACACAUUUUAACAGUGAGACACAUGCAUGAAGCUGUACUUUCCAAACUUUUUCUUUGUAGUCUACUUAAACAUCAGCAGGAGACAGUGUGACCUCUGCACACAACAUAGCCCAGAAUAUAAAUCUGCAGCUCCAUUAACUGAUGCCUGGAGCAAAAAGACAAAAAAAAAAUCUGCUGCUUUGACAUAGCAUGAUUUUGUGAUGCUCCUGGAUGAGUAGACCCCUGAGGAAAUGUAUCCUGUCAAACAGCCUCUACUGUACUUGACCAGAUGCAGAGACCAUAGCCCCUCUCGGCACCCGGAAAGUGACACUCUUACCUCUCCCUCGGUCUAAUUGCAUGGACACAACAUCGGCUGUUGGGGGAAAACUGUUCUGAAGCCAAAUUCAGCAGGAGAGGUAGCAGGGACUUGAUGCUCUGAAAUUUGUUCCGACAGUCCCUGCAUGAUUGACAGAUUGAUAAAGGUUGACUGUGGCCUCCGCUAGCAGCAGGUAGAUGGGCAGUUUGCCCCGCCUCCAUGGGGCUCCAGGGAGGUUUGCUCCAGGAUAAGAAGUGGAAAACGGCUCAGGAAACAUUUAGUGUUGCAUUUGAAUCUGGUUUUAGCUGCUGGUGGUCAGGCAAUUAGAUAUACACAGUGCAAAACACAGCUUCAUGCUGUUCUCAACCCACUCCUGCCCGCCCGCCUGAGCUCUAUACAUAUGUAUGAGCGUGAGCUCAGGAAGAGAGGAGAAAACUACCCACCCAUACAUGUAACUAUAACUCUUUAAAUACAAGCUGUCGUUGAGUGUUACAGUAUUAGUUUCAUCAUAUUAUUCGUAGGCUCAAGGGUGAGAUUCCUGACUUUUCUAUUAAUCCCUUAGGGGACAAAUUUAUGGUGUCAAAGUCACCGGACCUGCCACUCCCUUUCCUCCCAUGGCUGUAGCCUUAGUAUUGAAUUUAAGCCUGCUUAUGCACUUGAACACAGAAAAAAGGGGUACCAGAGAUCAAUAAAUGCACCUUCACUUGACAAAUAUGUUUGUUUGUUUUUAUCAGUGAGGCUAGUGGAGGCAGAAGAUACACUAUUGAUCCUAGAACACAGCGAAUAUCCUUCAGGAAUAACAAACUUUGUUGCUCAAACUUAGUGGACAUCGGGCGUAUCAAAACACAGCAGUAUCAGGGGUUUAGCGCACCAAGAUCUAGUGCAACCAAGCCUUAUAUCCUUGAACAAACAAAUGAUGAAUAAAAAUUGUUCUAGCCCUGCAAUGUCAACAGUUUUGCAUUGUAAUGAAGUGUACAGAGGUAAAUCUGGGAUAGCAGCAUAUUGUCUUAGAAUGACUAGCUCCAAAUGCUCUAGAUACUAAAACCUCUGAUCCAUGAAGAUUCAUAAAUUGGAUUUUAUUUUCUACUCAUGUACAUCUCUCAAUAUGCACGUCCUUUGUCUGGGCUCCAGCAAAUAAAAAAGCGGCAGAUGAUUCCAGCCUGAUCAUCUUGUUUUUCUAAAAGGAAAGCAAAGAAAGAGAAAACAAACAAUUGAAGGUUGCCUCGGGUAUCGUCUCUUUGAGGGGCAUUGAGCCAUUAAAGGCGAAAACAAGCAUCAAGGAAGGAAGGAAAAAGGAGCCCUGGCACCGCUAACAACAUCAUCACUCAGCCCACCCACCCACUUCUUACCCGCCUUUCACAGCACAUUGUCAAAAUAACUGUCAGAAGUGUUUCAUGCCUCACAACUGCUGGUGAAAAUGUUGGACUUUGGGAGGUGCUAUGUGCGAGGACAAUAAAGAAAGAAACAAUCUAGCAUAACAGUUCAAUUUGGAAAUAUCAUUUAUAUGAUGAACAGAGCACAACAGCGAGCCUUAGCGACUCUUUCCCCAGAAAGACUCCAUUUUAAAGGAAGGGAGGGAUUUUGUGAUGACUAUCUUGUUGUAAACUCCAGUGACGGCCAGUGGCUGUAUUUUCUUUCCAUUUUAUACUUUAUUGGAUUUCUUUCUUUUAUCCACGUUUGCUGUAUUUAGUGCUGAUGGUGUCCAAUAAGAAGGGGGAAAAUAGAGCAACAGAUUCUCUUAAUUCACCACACAUACUCCACCUGUCGCUCAAAUGAUAGAUGCCCGCUUUUUUGUCGUGCUCCCUCUCUAUAUCUCUCUCUCACUUUCCAGCAAGCUAACCAUUUAUUGCCACUUUCAUUACUGGGAGCAGAGCGGUGAGUUUUUGAGAUCAGUGACGGGUGUGCGGUGGCUAAUGAAUCAGGUGGACUGCACUGAUCGUAGGAGAAUCUGCUUUUACCAUCUGAGGACAUAGUGAUAUGUUUAGAUUCUUGUCUCUUUCAUUGUCACUCUAAACGCUAACUGCCUCCUGAAAUAUACAUUUAAGACGCAUAAAUCUCCUUUUUAAUGCACUAAUCUGUUUAUUUACAGUGCAUAUGACAGCUCUGAAGGAACACGUUAGCUUAUUUGUUUAUUCCUACGACUCAUUAUAGGCCUCUUUAAUGUUAUGCUGCUUGGGUGAGCUAAUAUUAUCGACAUGGACUCAGACAUACAGUAGCAGUGCUGUGUUGGUGCAAGUGUGGCCCAAAGCAGCCUGCCAGCAGCACUGAGGCAUGUCAUUAGAAACACCCAAUCAAGCCCAGACAUAGAACUGAAACUCAAGUGCCAGAGUUGUGACCAGAGGCAAAGAAAAAACAUAAACACUGGUCCUCAUGCAGGUAUAAGAGCAGCCCAGGUCCGCUCAGCUGUGCUCUCUCAGAGUUGGAAGGGCGAGUCCAUUUUCUUAUGGGUUUUUUUUUUUUUUUCUUAUUGGUUAAAUUUAGACCAGUGUCCUAUGCUGCAGAUAGAAUACUAAUCAGGCCAGUGGAAAGCUUAAGAGAGAGCUGCAAGAGAUUCACCCCUGUAUUCCUCUUCCAUUUCUACCGCAUUAAAGCUUUUACGCUUUCAGGACACUGUACUUCAGAUGUAACCCCGGCCAUACGUCAACAGCAGCUCGGAAAUAUAUUGACUACAUCUCACGUAAUUAUGAGCAGCAUUUGAAACACCCAAGGCGUUUAGUGACACUUUAAAGUCACUUAAUGGGAAGCUGAUUUUCACAACCGGACAAUCCAAAUAAACUGCGACCCAUUAAAUGAAUAUUUCAUACGCAUUUUGAUGGGAUGUAGUCGGGGCUCUGCAAACAUUACCUAUUAUUUAUUGCCCUGCUCACAUACUGUGAUUUCCUCCCAUUUUGCAUUAGAGAGUGAAUGCUUUUGUGCCCAAUCACUCACUUGUUUGACUAUAUAAAUUAUUGAGUAGGUACUGUAUAUUCACAUACAUAAUUCAAGAGUUUGAGAUGUAGAUGGAAUAUCAGUAUUUGGUGUAUUUUUCACUUGAUCAUAUUUCAGAAUGAGGGCUGUUUUAUACAAAUGUACCCAAAGACACUAAAGUAGAAAUCUCCCUCAAGUAUCAUAAAACAGCAGAGUUGGUACUGCACAUUUUUUACUGACAUGUCAGUCACAUGCAGAAUGUUACAGACUGUGAUUUUUAAUAACACACAGUGACACAUGGAUAAUUCAUGUGGCUUUAAGUGCUUGCAUGGGACGCUUUGCUGGCGACUUAACAGGCAGCAGGUCCAUGAGACUUUUACAGCCUUUUUCUGACCAAUAUUUCUGUUCAACAUCCAUUACACAGCUUUGCUUCGAAGAUUACAAGCAAAACCAGAGGAGCAUUUGUGGCUGAUGGAGCUUCCCCCCUUUUUUCCACUCUUGAAAUUAGAGCAAAUGCCGAGUGAAACCACAAAGCAGAGCAAGUGCUGAAACAAGAAAUAGCUGUAACUGGGACACACUGGGUGAAUAUUUAGAGCAAUGUACAUAUUUUAGCAUGCCAUUCCAGGUCAAAGUAGACGAUGCAGAUGCUUGCGCUGAUUUACCUCUCAAUUUGAGGGCAUGUGUGUGAAACUACAGUCAAGUCAGGCAAAGUAAUGGUAUCAAUAAUAUGUCCUUUUUCUGUGAUGAAGCAUGUGUUAUCAAGGGGUAUAGUCUCUGUCUAAGUCUGUGUCUUCCUUUUAUCACGCUCACUUAGUCCUUGAACUCCCCCGAGCCAAUCCAGACAUUCCCCUCCGGGUCAGAGUGUGACAGGAGAGAGUAUCCAAAUGCAAGUGCGACGUUAGCCUAAGUCUUGGAGAAUGAAGGUUAAAGAAGUUACAAUAACGGAGGAAGGAGGGUGCAUAAGACGGAGAAAAGGGGGAGUUUCAAGGUACUUCAUCAUCUCCAGUGACAAAUGCACACAAAGGGAAGCAAAGUCCAUGAUGUCCACUUACAACCUGCAGCCAGCUGCCAGCUAGCGGUCACCUCGCAGACGUCUGGCCAAGCCCAUCUAUUAACCCAGAGUAGCUGGCCCCUUUCCAACAUCAACGCCUGCGCUUUUAAUUGGGCUUGUGUUGUGAUGGUGUGUGUGUGUGUGUGUGUGUGUGUGUGUGUGUGUGUGUGUGUGUGUGUGUGUGUGUGUGUGUGUGGUGAUUACAUUUACAUUUUGAUCAUAACCCAAAUGUCCCUCACAGCCUCGGAAACACACUGUGACGAUUCCUUUGAAUUUCUUUCCAUUUUUUUCCUGUCAAAACAAAAUUAUUUUUAGAUAUUUAGUUUUGUCUCUCUUUUCUAACCUUGACCUCCCUCCAACACACACAUACCUCAGCUGCUGAAACCUGUCGAUGCUGCAGAAAGCAGCGGCAUCUACAUAAUACAACAAAACUAAUUUCCCUAUCUCCUGCUGUUCUUGAGUUCUGAGAAGAUGAAAAUAUUCAUUGCUGUUGUCCUGAACACGGAAUAAUCAUCUAGGAUUUACGCCUCUUGCUUGUAUCAAAUUAAUUGUAUAUGGAGAGAGCAGGGUCGAGAGAAUAUCUCAAAGCAAAGGAUUUCACCAUGUCAUCACACAAAUGCAUAAAGUAAAACUAUAUUCCUUGUUUUCGUCUUUUUCAUCUCGGUGAAGUCCAAACAACUGCAGCCUCUGCUAGAAUACAGAAUGCAGCGGGGAGAUACUGCGCUGAAUUACAUAUUCACUAAUUUUCAAGCUUGUCAGCACGGUGAGGAGAGGGAUGGUAUGCAUUUACAUUGAAAUGACUACACAAGCCAAUAUAUGAUGAGACCACUGCCUUAGGAUUAUCCCUUUGCUUUGAAGUCUGCAUAAACACUUAAGUCACUAUCGGAAACUCAACAGGGUUUAUUGAUAGAGGUCCUCCACUAAUACUGUAAAGUAAAUAGUAUGCAUAGCCUACUGGUGUGUUUACUCAUAGAAAAGGCUUAUAUUACCUAUAGGUUUCAUUAUGGAUGGAGUAAAUAGAGCUGUACUCUGUUAUGAUUCUUUUCAGGCUGAGGCAGAGAGCUUGAGUGUACCUCAGGUGUGCUGGCAGAGUUCAGGUUUUCCUGUCGUGUUUGAUAUCAUCUUGUUUAGGUUGUAGCCAGCAGGACGAGGAUCAUGAGGAACUUCCACAAUGGAAUUAAUAUUCAGCAUUAGCGCUGCAGAUAUGCAAAUCAUCUCUUAGUUACCUUUGUUGCAGCGCUAUCAGAAUCAUUUUAUUAGCUUCUCUUCAAUAAUUACAUAGUGCUUUGUGUUGCAUUCAUUUAUCUUUAUAUAAAUACAACAAAAUUCUUGACUGAGAUACUAAGGGUAGGUGUAACAGAGCCAGCGAUGAUUCAUCCCAUCUCUUAAGAGCUGUCACCUCAUUUAGUGAUGAACAAUGUCUCAAUACAGUUCAUAUGUGUGAAUAUGUGAGGCAAAGAACUCAGUGUUCUGAUAUGAUAAGAACUUUGUAAUCCUAAUUUCAAGGAAAGAAAAGGUUUCACAAGCAUGCAUGGGAGCUGUUCUGUAUUAGUAUAAAUUUCUAUUGUUAGCCGAGGAUAGAGCUACAGAUUCUGAAAGUUUCCCAGAGGUAUCAGAUAAGAAAAGCCAACUUGUCAUUACUCUCUGUAUAAAAAAAUUAAAUCAGCAAGUUUCCAUCUGAAAACUGAAAAUGUCCAUUCCACCACUUCAAAUUAAAACUGGCAAGCUGCGUUUAGUAUUUGGACCCUGAGGGAGCAGAGACUCUUGAUUGGUGUCAAGCGUCCAAGUCCUCCAAACUGAAUGACAAAAUCACUGCUCUCCAGAAUGACACUCAUGAACACUUCUUAAUCUGACAACCCUUUUCAACAGCAGAACUUUCCUCAGAGCCUUCCCAAACUGUAAAUAUUCAUCGGUAUUGAUAUAUCUAUGCAAAUGUCAAGGCUUUUUCAGAUCUAAAGAACACAAUCUAUUGGGGCAUUACCUCUUUAAGGUUAGAGAAAUAAAAUGAUUUUGGCCAAAUUGAUAAAUCUCUUCAGUUAUAAUGGCCUUUGUUGGCCAUUAUAGUUGUAUUACUAAUCUGACAGUUAGGGCUGGGCGAUAAAACAAUAACGAUAUCGAAGAUUAAUUUCCCUCACUAUUGAUAUAAAACAUGGUCAAUGUGCUUUUCAAUAACUGGCAUUCUGCCAUGUUUUGGUAGACCAUACAAAUAGCCAAUACAAAGAGGAUUUGUGCCGGGUCCGCUUCACGCUGAACCAAUCAUGUGCUAAAUUAGAAUCAAGUAGCAAACAACUGCGUUAGUAGCAGGCUGCAGCUACAUGCAACCAUAGCAUUUUAACACGUGAAGCUGACAGCACUGUCAGUGAGAAAAAAGAAAAUGAGUGCUACUCCCGGCAGAAAUGCAGAUGAAGGCUCGACUGAUGACAUUGUCGACAACAAUGGCACGAAAACGUCGGUGGUGUUGAGGUAUUUUAGUUUUUUGAGGUCGGCCAAGAAGCAGAGUCAAGUGCACUGCAAAUUAUGUCGAGUACAUGUUCUCGCAAAGUUGGGUCAUACCUCAAAUCUUUUUCACCACCUGAAGCAUUGCCACGCGGCAGAGCACACGCAAUGCAAAAGGUUACAAACCCCAAGCAGAUCAAGGAGCCCAUGGCGCCUGUGCAGCCGAAACAGCCGACCAUUCAGUCUGCUUUCUCUGGCGCAACGCCUUAUGACAAAACGUCUCAAAGACACAAAGACCUCUCGGAUGCAGUAGCUUAUUGUAUUGAUAAAGACGUGCUACCAGUAAGAACUGUUAAAUUUCAUUUUUUAUAUCGUAAUAUAUAUCGCAAUAGACUGAUAUGAAAAAUAUAUAUUGCGAUAAACUUUUUCCCAUAUCACCCAGCCCUACUGACGAUUAAGGUAACAGAAUAACCAUGAUGUGCUGUCACCCUGAGCAUCACUCUUUUGUGCAUUUAGCUCAGUAUCAGCUUCACCACACCCCCUGUUGAUGGACAGGAGACUUAAUUGAGACUGCUGGAGAGCAGUCAGAAAGCUUUGUCACUCCAACAUUAACGCCUCUCAGUUGGGGAGCACUUAUUUCUUUUCUUUCUGACUACCAGGGAACAAUAUUAGUGCUAAAAUUACAUCUAUUCCAAAUUACAAUGUGUACUUUUUAACUGUCAUAACUACUGCAGCCAUCACAAAACUUAGACUACACUGAGCUAACAUUGCACUCAGGUCAACACAUGUUAUGACACCACAAGUGAUGGUCAUGCUGAGAAGAAUAAGACAUACAUAACCACAGCAGCUCCACCAGGAUGAGCAGAAUGACCAAGUCACGGUAAAGGAUCGGACAGCGUGGUAAUACAAGAGUGCAAAUAGAGAAACGUGCCGCAUUCAUGAGCCCAGAAAAGGGAGGGGUUGACAGUAAACCCUGUAAAUCCAUUUGGUUUUUCAGACAUGGAAGGAGAACAGAACUGACAAUAGCUUGAGGGGCCAGUGCUCCAUGGAGUGAAUACCAGAGCGGAGGAGCGGAAAAAUAAAUAAAGAAUGUGUCACCUAGUGGGAGGAGGCACCGAGGCAGGAUCUGUCAGAACUCUGCUGCUGUCUGCAGAUUAGAUCUGGGGCUAUUUAAAGAGGGAGAGCACGCCAGAGCCCCCCGACGUUAGUGUCCACGCUGCACCCGCCACCACUCUGACAUCAUUGGCAGCCAUCGCCUUGUGACAAAAAAACAUGAAGCAUAAAUGAUGGCAACAAAGGGGGUUGGGGAGGGGGACAUUUCCCUGUGCCGUGACUGACCAGGUCACGUUGCAUGUUCUCUGCAUCUGUGUAGAUCCACCGCAGAAAAGCCAAGGUCACUGGAGGGAGGACCGCCUGCUCAUGUCACAGAGGCAGUCGGGGCUGCAGCGCACUAUUUUAAGGGUUAUUGUUGACCUAUAAAUUAAAUUCAGCAACCCUAAGGUCAGGCAUGUGAGCUGCCAUUAGAAUAAUCACAGUUUCCUAUCAGGAUCAAAGGAGCAGGAUGCAGCCUGGCUUGUGCUGUGUACAUAUCUCUUGUGAGUGUAUGACAGGGUGUUUUUAUUUGAGAGGGAAAAAAGAGCUAGUGAUUGAUGCAUGUGUUUGCGUGGGUGUAUGAGUAUCUGUCAAAAGAUAUGAAACUGGCUGUGUAUGGGAGUGUGUGUGCGCGUAGAGCUACUGUAGUUUUGUGGGUUUCCAUCACUGGUGUGUGUGUGAUCUUAUGCGCGUGCAUGUUGUUUUGCUUGUCUUAUGUCCUCUCAGAGUAGAUUGAUUAGAUAGAAGGCUGUUGGCGAUGCCCCACUGUGUGUUUGGUCACAUCACUCUGACAGUGUGUGAUGUUUCUCUUCCCAAAUGAAGCAACAUUAGCCCAGUCAUGUUUGCCUCCCAAACACGAGCCAAGGAUGAUGAAGCUAUGUGCACGACCGAACUGUAAGGCCUCAUUUACCCCGUGAUACCUCCUCUCUCUUCCCCGCUCCCUCUUGCUCUUGCGCUCCUGUCUCGCUCUCUUCCUCCAGGCUGCAGCAGACUGACUCUCUGCUACAGACUGAGUCAUUCUAAGCCAGUCAGUUAUCUCUCCAUCCAGCCCCUCAGAUUUCACCACUCCUUUUGUUGUCAUCAAUCAAAGCUCGGCUCCCAGAGAGAGAGGGAGAAACCCUGAAAGGUGUCAAAACAGUAGCCAAAUAAGAACUUGCACUUGUAGGUUAUCGCUGCAUUUAUGCAUGGACAAAGAAUCCAUGGAUUAUUAAUAAGCUCCUUUUUUUUUUCCCAAAUCUUUCCAUGAACCUUGACAAAUGAGUAUUUAGAAAGCAAGGAGCUUGCAUCAGGCAGUGCAAAGAUGAACACAGGUUAUUGCAUCAUGCAGGCUUGCGAACAGGCACUCCAGUGAGGUAGAGGGAGGCAAUAUGCUGGCAGGCUGAACAUGCAGGGGAAAGGGUCAGAGAGGAAGGCAACUGAAGACAAUCGAGCAACAGAGGCUCAGCCGAGGAGAUCCUCACAAAUGUUCCACACAGAUGGCUCACAGAUGAAACAUCCAUACUCUACCUCUACCUGCUAAUUAUAUGCUGUGCCUGACUUCACACUUUCUCCUCCCUGCCAAUGCCAACUUUAUUGAAAAGAUGAAUAUGCUUUACAUGGAACAAUACAUCUCCAUUCUUCACUCCUUCCAAUUUGUGUCAACACGCAGUACAAUGGGCUCACUGUUUAUGGACCGGCAAUUUGAGGCGUGAAAGCGAGAGAUGAAGUGAGAGGAGAAAAGGAGAGGAAAUUGCCUCUCCUGUCCUUCACCUUUGCUGUACAUCGCUCAUUUGUUUGUGGUAAUUGGGCCUUUUAAUGUCGCAGGAGGAUGCAGGUAAGGAACCCUGCUGUGUUAUGUGUUUUUACUAACAAGACAGUGGGGCAGCACGUAGCUGACAGGGGGAAAUUUGAUGGAUGAUGAAUGUAACAAUGGGCUGUGUUCCUAGAUGGCUGCCAUUGACUUUUUAUUUACAUCUACCUUUUGCAACAUAAACACUCAGAAUUUAUCCAUUUUCUGAUAGCUGACCACACAUUUGACCGCUGAAUUUACACAACUGUUUGCAUCAUUUAACAACGUAUUUAUAUAUCAUUUUGUUGCUUUACUUGUCCCUGUCAGUUUACUUUCUUGACAAGAAGUGACAAAACUUAGUCCAACAAGUUGUAGAAUAACAUUCACGAAGAGAUAAAAUACUGCCCUAGUUAAACUGAUUUUUUUUGUCCUCUCAGUUUGGUAAGAUUUGUUUACCAGGCUCCUCUUUUCUUGCCGGAAGGGCUUGUAUGAGUGAGGUAGCACUCCUCCACACACCACCAUGUUUUCCUGCCAACUCUGCAUCCUAUAAUUAUCAGGAGAUACAUACACACAGAGAGAGAAAUAGAGAGAGAGAGAGAGAGAGAGAGAGAGAGAGAGAGAGAGAGAGAGAGAGAGAGAUCAGAGCGCAAUUCAAGAGAAACUUUAGGAGGAAAGUAUGAUGUUGUGUUGCUCUGAGGGAAACAUAUAUGCAUUUUCAACAGAACUCCAGUUAGCAAUCAAUGUUUUUGAGCUUAUGAGGUAAUAUUUCAAUAUGUAAUUAAAGAAGCUGAUCCAUGAACAUUGACUAAUGUCUGUAUGAGACUGCUGAUGAAAUCCUUCUCAAAUGAGAAUGAGAAAAUAGACGGGCUGUGCUGUGGCAGCAUCUUAAUAGGGAGCUGUGCAAGCACAUCUGGAUUUUGAAGACUGAACUCAAACUGAAUUUCAAUGUAAAACACUGAAAUGAGUUUGAAAUUAUUCUUGCUCUUAGUGGAUAAACUUUGGAUGGAGCACGAAUGAAUGAGGGAAGUGAUGAUCAAACAAACAAUAUGAGAGACUUAGCGUUGAGAGGGAGAAAGAACAUCAGUUAGUCAGGUGUUUUUAUAUUCUCGGUUACUUGUUGAAAUUUCAACAUUGUGGUAGGGAUAGGAAUUGAUAAGAUUUUAUCGAUAUCGAUGCCAUUAUCAAUUCUGCUUAUCAAUAAAAUUCUUUAACAAUUCCCUUAUCAAUGCCUUUGUUUGAUUAAAAAACGUAGAUUAUAGGUUUUUGACCGUUAACUAAAUUUUUUAUUGAGUCUCUAAUAACAGAAACAGAUGUAUGCCACCUUCAGUGAGAGUCUAAAAAUGAUCAAACAAAAAUGCUAUUUGUAUAGCAUUUCUGGCAUGCAUUGUGUUUAUGUUGACACAGUACAUAUGUUAGGGUGACAAUAUUCUGAAUCCCCAAAAAGAGGACACUACUACGCAAAGCGGACUUGUGUGAAGAAUUUGGAGGGUUCUUUGGUUCAAGUCAAGUGUUUUUUAUGCGCUUCUCACUCAGUUUAACGUAUAUUAUUCAGAAAUUUCCAAAGACAGUGCAUGUGUGCGUCGCGUCAGUGGCUUUGCUUAGAAGUGCGCGGAGAGGCAGAACUGCAGAGAGCAUUGAUGUGCUGCACUGUUUUAUAAUGAAUGAAUACACGUCCUGGACAUUUGAAGGAUUUUAUAAACUCCCCCCCCUAAAAGAGGACAUGUCCUGGUUAAAGAGGACGUAUGGUCACCCUAACAUACGUACCUUCCAUGUUGUGCUGAGAUGGAGCAGCAGAGGCAUGGAAAAAGGAGAAUACAUGUGACUCUUUAGAUUUGAUGCCAUUCCCCGUUGGCAAAUGUUUCAGCAUGUUGCAUGUUGUAGUAUUUCAACUUUGCAUGUUAUUACUUCCCGACAAACGUUGCACUGUUGUCAUCUUUCUUUGUAAAAUUAAGCCACGCUUUAGCUCUUCUCUGCCUUCUUUUGCCUACAUGUUUUUUUCUCUGUCUGUGCUCCCAUUCGCGUUGACUGGCACUCGCGAGACCCUUUUUCAAGGCACCCGGAAGAAAUGAAUCGUUAAGGAAAUUAUUAAGAUGAAAUGUAAAUGAUGUCGGAGGAUUGAACCAUUUAGAACCGGUUCUUGUUGAGAACCCUACAUUGUGGUAACAGGAAUAUCAGGGUGCUUGGCAUUAAAAUGCAGCAAAUGUAGACCUCAUAUAAAUUCAGGACAUGCAUGCAGGGUUGGAGUGCAGGCUCCGUAUUAGACCUCUAAACAUCAUUUCCUGGCUUGGCUUCUUCAAAAAUAUCAAACAAUAAUCAGAAUUUAGCCCACCCCCAGAGAUAAGACUCUAAUUGUUCUAUCAAUACCACAGACAGCCCAGUGGUGGUCAGCGGCCGACAUCUCACAUCAUCACUGAUUUUUCUUGUACCAUCCUGGAAUACAGAAAGAUUAGAUCACGCCCAACACCUCCACCAUCUGUCACUACCAGUCUCUGCAGUAAGUUCUUACCUCACACGAAGGUGCAGCAUUUAUUUCACAGCUCAUCUCAUUUCUAACACUGAAACAGCCAAGCUAAAAAUAGGCUCAGAGUUCAGAUAAUGACAAAGAAGGUCAUUGCCGGCCUUGCUAUCUCAGCGAGGGCUGGCAAGAAGCCGGCUGAUUGUUCACUUUUAGAGUAAGGGACAGCAAACUGUUAGGAAGACUUAACCAGCGCAUUACAGCCAGAUUUGCUGACAUGUGUCACCCUGAUGAUCGAUUGCCAGAGGGAGAUUCUCUGCAACAUUUUGGGUUCUGUUUAACAAGAUGCAAUGUGUGGGUGGGUGGACAAGAGCGCAUCUAUAAAUAGAGAAACCGGUAAAAACGAGGGGGUGAUGGAGGCAGGUAUGUGCGGCAGCCAGAUGGUGUCAUGUGGGGAAUAUCUCACAGUGAUUUUGUUUGCAAAUAGGUCUCUGUGAAGUUGCCGGCUCCUUUCCUCCAAAAUGCCUGCUGUUAUAGGUAGAGCUUUACGAACUGCCGUAUCUGAUAAAGGUGCUGCAGACUCAAAGAUGUCCUGCCGCUUGCCAGGGAGAGAGUGGAAGUGACGCACUGUGACAGGUUUUGUCACUCUCUGAGGCGACCGCCCUACAGAUUGUCACAGAUAGAAAUGGCAGAGCCCUGGAAGCAAUGACAAAUUGUUUUUUUAGAAAAAGAAGUGGGAGAGCGAGACAUGCCAAUAUCUUUGGCCUACUUCAGCAAGGUGGUGUAAAGAGAUGGGAGAGCAACAUCGCUCAGGAUCUUUGUUGUCACUUCCUAUAAAUGGUUGUGUCAGAGUCGUGACCCUCUGGGGAAGGUGCUCUCUCACUGCCGACGGGAACCCAAACGGCACAUCUGCUUUAAGUAGACUACAGACUGCUGAUUGUCACAAGAUUAAUCGAUAUCCUUGAUUUGCAUGAGGAGAGCAACUUACUUGAAUGUGAAAUUUCUUCUUUUCGCUCUUUUUGUCCAAAUAAUCAGUGAGCUUAAAGUCAGUGUAAGAAACUUUUAAUAUGUGUUGAUCUUAGCGCCUCCUGUGGACAAAGCAGUAUUCGCUUAUCUAGUUCUCUACUUCCUCAAGUCACUAUUUUUGACACACAAUCUGACUCUUGACUGUAAAAUGAUUCAUUUAUUGUGAAUUUACAAUGUGGAAAAUGAAAAACUAAGGCUGUCCUCUACUGCUGGGCUGACAACUUCCUUAUUGUCUUGUUGUCUUCCAUCUUGUCACUGAUGGCCUUGUUUGCUUGUGGAUAUUGUGGAUAGGCUUCUAUAUGAAUUUCACGCUAAUUCACAAAGGAUAAAAAAUCUUAAUAGGAGCGAUGAGUGUCAUUAUUACAGAGUGUGACAAAAACUCUUUUAGAUGCAUACUAGUAUAAAAAGAAAGGUAGAUGCAACAGCAAUACAGCUGCAAACUUUUAAGAUUGAGUUGCAUGUACCAUUCUAUUAAACUAGCUGUAAUGGUACUAGAGCAGGGUAAUGGAAAUCGAGAGAAGCACAACACCAGAGAGUACAACUGGUUGCUGUUAGUUGCUCUGAUGCUUUUGGCUCCCGUACUGGGAGUGGAAGCAACCCACUAGACCACUUCUGAAGCAAGAUUCUGGUACAACCUCCUUUACGCCCAUCCAGUGUGACUGGGUGUUGGACUGACAGCGCUGUCAGACUUGUACAAGCUGACAAAGGAGUUGGGUGUGGGUGGCUGCUCUGCAGGUGAGCUGAAUUGACACUAACUGUGCAAAGAUUUAAGUCAUGUCAGUGCAUAAGUAUAGACUGAUUUAGGACAGACUUAAUUUGUACAUCACGGUUCUUUCAGUGAAAUAAAUACACUAGAAGAGAGAUUCUUUUUCUGUCAUUAAGAGAGGGAGCCAUGAUCUGCUCCACUCAGUGAGUGCAAGUAUGACACUGUGAACACAGUGACGACAGCCAGGGUGAUUUCACAGAGUUAUGGGCACGUUUUUUUGAUUUCCAACUGCUAGCGCCACACCAGAUUAAGUUCAUUUGGAUGUAAAACUCCAAACAAACAUUUUACAAGUACACAGUUCCAAUCUCCAAUUACACCUUAUUGGAGUAGCUACAGGUUAUGAUCUUUAAAUGUCUUUUCUCCUCAGGGUUCUCAUCCUCUCCAAUCUGUGGCGAAGAGUUGUAUUCAUAUUUAAGAUCGAGAGAUUCAUUAUUUCUUUUCCCUCUUUAAGGAUCAUUCAGGGACUAUAGUGUUGAGUUUGAGCUCAGAGACAUGUCUUUAUGAGGCAGUUAUCAGUUUGGGUUUAUUUUAAAAGUCAGCUACAGUAUGUCUCUGAAUAAUGUAUCACUAAAAAAUGAGACCUUAUUAUAGCAUAUCAGUUACUGUGGUAAGGUGAAAUAGAGAGCUUAUUUUAUACAGCUCCCUCCUCCAGACAGUGAGUCACAUUCACAGGCCUGAGGGUGAAAAUGCUUUGUUGAUGAGGGGUCAGAAUAGAUCUGUAAAGCAAACAGACUGGCCACAUGUACAUGCCUAGUGUAGCUACAAUGUAGGGAAAGGAAUCUAAGAAUAGGCACUAAUCAAGAAACCUCGGCCUGAUACUGGUCACCCAUGACAGGUGGUACUACCUUGACCUGUCAGAUUCGGCCUCUUGCGGCUCGUGAUCAUCAAAUCAUUUUAAAGGUGAAUUUAAAAAUACAGAAGAGAGAUGUAUCCGAGACAGCAUCAGUAAAAACGUGUUUUAUUUUACUUGGCAGAGACUGUAGUGGUUGUCUGAUGAGCCAUUAAGGAGUUUUGAAUGUCACAUUGUAUCACUCAACCUUGCUGCUAACCACAUGCAUCUCUUCACGGCCACCAUCCUCUAGCACAAUAUUCACCAUGUGAUCAAGCACUUCUGUCAAGAUUGUUCUAGAUUCAGGGGCAAACAAGGCAGAGAAGAUGCAACAACAAUGAAGUGAAAUUUGAAUAUGAACAUACAUUUCUGGGUUGUUUUAACUUCAGGUUGGUAGAUCCAGUUGUUAGGCUGGUUAUGAUAUAUGGGCUAACACAAUAAAGAAAAUGGGAGCACAUUCCCAUUAAGAAAAGCGCUGCAGGCUAAGGGAACCUAGAAAUGCCAGUGGCAUAUUUGAUUGCAUGCCCUGUAUUAAUAGCGGGGUUAUCUGCUGCUUUCUCAGCCUGGACAUUUAUCUCUGUGACCUCCAGUUUUAACCAAGCGCUCCCAAGUUGAAGGGCCAGUUGUAUUACAUUGAAAUACACAGCAGGAAAAAGCUGACUUCAGAUAGGUCUGUUGUUUUAGGCUUUUAAUUAAACUAUUUACACUGAGUGUUUGCUCAAAAUCUCAUAGCACUAGAGUAGUAAUAUUUCUGGUGGUCUCACAAAAAUCCUGCACAGCCAAUGGUUGCUGCAGGUGUGAUAUUCAGUAACUAACACUGAUUUCUAAUGAUCACUUGUAAAUUACGAAGAGACAAAUAAAAAGAUGUAAUGAAAAACACAGGAUAACAAAUUGUCCUUGUUUACAACAUAGAACAAAAUUUAUGGUGAUGAUUGGUCAAAAAAGAGAUAUAAGAGAUACACACUGUGUUUACAGUCGGUAGACAGCAUGACUUAGGACAGACAUUUUUACCUUAUAUCACCUUUUAAAUUAUGACCCAUUAUCAACUCCGUGUGGGGGGGGGGGGGUAGUGAGGUUUCCAGUCUUUGCGAGCAGCAGCCAAAUUCAAGUCUAUCAGGCUUCUUUGAGUAACAAUGGAAGAAAAAUUUGAUCGCCAAUAGCCAUUGUCUCUGUGGAUUGUAAAUAUAUUACCCCAUUUAUUUCACAUUAUGCCACAUAUGAAUUCGUUUACAGAAUAAUAGUGCUUUGUUGCUCGACCCCAAACCUUGUGUGUGGGGCAGGUCUAGACUUUUCCAACUUGGUGGCAAAAGUGGGCUCUUGACUUUGUGCAGCAUAAGCAAUAAGUAUAUGAGCACACCAAUAAAUAUACAGUAUUUAUAUCCGAAUCUACCAAUUAUUUUCAUUCCAACUAUUCUCAUUCAAGUAUCAAACAAAUGUUUUAUUCCCCUGAGUUUCUUCUUUUUACUCUAAAAAGUUAAAAAAAUAUAUAUCAGAGCAGUAAGAUAUAUAUAUUUUUUGGUUUUAAUCAUCAAGGACUCAUCAAAAAGACUAAUGUUUGUCCAAAUUCAUGAUUUAAAGAACAAACAUUCAAUGUGCUGCAUUAAAUUGCAGCCUCUAUAAUUAGAGACAAGGACCAAAAUACCUCAUGUUAGCAAGGGUUCCACCAAUAACGACAACAGGAAUUCAUAGUUUAAGAUUUUUGGUGUACUACUAAAGUUCAGGUUAGAGGGUGGCCAUCCCUUACUAUUCACUGAAUCUGGCCCUGAUAGCUUCACCUGUAACUACACAGCAGUGGCGUGUCCUGAUCCAUUCUUACAGCUUCUUUGUGUCUGUCUAUCUGAUCUUUUAAAAAUACUUGUCAGCAGAACACUGUUACAACACGACUUGUGUUAUGAAAUGAUUCAUUAGAUGAUUGAUUAUCACAACAGGUGAUCUGUGUGUUGUGAAGGCUUGUUAUGAUCCAAAACAGAGAGACAAAACUUUCAUAACAGAGUAUGAGAGGGUUUAUAAUUGAGAUAAGAUAUCAACCUUGGCCUGUGCAUGAAAAGGAAGGACAUAGGCCUCCUUGAAAGAUGUGCCUCUCUUACUAUCUUUCUCUGAUCAUCUGCAGAGCAUCAGACCCUGUUCACAGCACACAAGAGGGAACAGAGCGGGAGAGGAUCAUUCAUUUAUUGAUCACAGAUACUGAUCUCACAUAGGAAAAAAAUAGGUUACAAAAAGGUCAGUAAAUAUACCUGAGUGGUCUGCCCACGCUCAGUUUAUGUAUGGGACACACUGUACUAUAGCAGCUGCAUGGAGUGUGGCAGCUUGUGCGCAUGAUGCAGACGGUUACACAUGAUGGAAGGGACAGAUAGGUUGUACUGUUAAUGGAUCACAAUUUAAAAAAAUGUGCAUGAGUCCCAAGGCGUUUAAGUCUUUGAGAGGCAAGUCAAAAUCAGGUCUCAAGUUACAUUAACGUGACUUGGGACCAAUGGUGGCGCGGCGCAAGGUGCGCAGUGGUAAUUCAGUGCAGCACAGUCCUGUAUGCAGCCAAUUUUGUAAAUUCAUAGGUUGAGACGCAUCAAGAUGCAGCAAGAUGAGUGGGGCUGCAGAGUAAGGGGAAGUGUCAACAGAGUCAGCUGGUGCACUGACACUUUCAUGCCCACCAGUGGUGCAGAGAGUGCACAAAAAGUUUUCCAAUCCCAACCUGGUCAGCCUUCGGCAUAGGCAAAGCACAGCCGGUCAAGUGGUUAAUUCAUAGACUGGCGGACCAGUACGCAAACAGGCACAUUUUUCAUCUAGCCGCGCAACUUACCAAAUUAGCGAAGUGUGCUUGUGACCUGUGCUGCUUCUGUGCCACGAUGCCAGUGAGACAUGAAAUUAGAGCCCCAAGUAUCAAACUCUGGUCUAUUUGGUUGUAUUAGGCUACUUUACAUCACCCACAGCUUUUUGAGUUCCAUGCGGGCUUUCCUCAUCAAAUACAAACGCCCUGUACAUACGCGUGAUAACAUUUUUGAACAUGCUGGAACGACAGUCUUUCCCUGCCAACCACCAGCAUUCCUUUUUUAAAUGCUAAAAACAACCCUAUCUCAAGUGACCUUUACAGGUUAUGAAAAUAAUGAGUAUACACUCUCAGAGGUAGACAUAGAAGUAGUGUGAAGCUUUAAUUACAGCCAAAGAAGGGCUUGAGAGGAAGCAAGUGGACGACUGUUGAUUAAGUACCUUUCUUGGAGAAUAUAUUUUGUACCGAUGAAGCAACCUUUCCUCUAUCUUGAAGUACCAUUGGCAUUGUCUUGAAGUUGACCUUAUGCUUAAUGGUUGACUGGAAGUUUCGUUGACUCCAUAUAUGAUUCACCUGUUUUCUUAAGUGUAAGUUUCAUCAUUUUAAAAGUCCUUUUGAAAUAACUUUAUCUCUGUGGGACAAGUAGUGGAUGACUGAUAUCAGUUUUUCAAUGGCCAACUCAAAUACUAAUAUGAGAGCAUGUUGGACAAUAGCCAAUCUAUAAUCCCGAUAUCACAUUUUUGUUUUUUUCUUAAUUUAAAUUAUGAAAAUACUGUCAAAUGACAAACAAAACUGCUGACUUUGGCUGGUUGUCUUGUUAAAUAAAUGGAGGCAGGCGAAAAAAAAAAAAAAAAAAAACUUGCCUUAGUGUUACACUGCCACAGGGGUGUUUCCAUUUCUGUCCAGCUAUCUGAAAUUAGUAAGAAACAAAAAAUAAGCAAGGUGAACAAUAAUGAUAUUACUUAUUAUUACUCUUAUCAUAAAACAGAAUUUAUAUCAAACACAAGCCAGUGAGAGUUCCAGAUCUGAUAUGCUGUCAAAUACCAUUUUCAUUUAAAAACACAGUGGUGAUAUCAGCCUCAAGAGGGCCGGUGCCGAUACGAUGACGAUUAUGUCACUAUUGCCAUUAAUCACCCACGACCAGCUAAUCAGUCUACCUCUUGUGGAGAGCCCUGUCCAAGACGCUGUAUAAGAAGACACAGUAUGAUUGGAUGUGCUUUGAAAUGCACAGGUAGAACUAAGCUCAGCAAGGAGUGAGAACAAAUGAACGCCUGUUUCUAUUUCUUACUAUUUUUUGGUGAUUCCAUGAACCGAACUGAACUAUGACCAUCACGAUUUUUUAUCUGUUACACUCCUGCCAUUUUUUUAUGAUUGGGAUAUUAGUGUAAUUGAUUACUGAGGAUAAAUGUGUCUGCAGAACGUUAAAUUAAUUCUUUAUUUCAGAGUAACCUUUUGAUAUGUUCAUUUGUAUUCCAAGCUAAAAUCAAACUCUAUCAUACUCAAGUCCACAUUCCUAGUUUAAACAUGACUUAUGCUGCUGGCAUGGGAAUAGUGUUUGUCCAGUGUUUGUUCUGAACAGGUCUAUCUAUGUAUUCGCUGAUUUUGGUAUUUUCCUCUGAGCACUGAGGUGUUUUAUCGAACUUACUUAAAGUGCAGCUUAGGUUUUUAUUGCACAGCUGUACCACUCAGUGGUGGAAACGGUUUUCUUAAGAGUAUGAACAGUUUACAGUAAGAGCUGAUGCAGGCACAUAACCAUCACCAAGUUACAAUAUAUACAGCUCAAGACAAAUAAAGUGACAGAACAAUGUUUCCUUUGUUUCAUCUUGGACUUGUUUGCAGCGACUGUAAUUUGUUAAAACAAGUGACAGUAACGUCAACAACUGGAAACAAUCUGGUGACAGUCGUGGAUGACAGCCAUGUGAUUAACACCAACCUCCGCUGUAUUGCAGGAUUGCCUGCUCUUGCACGUCACAUUUCUGGUCUUCCACAAACAGACUUAAAAUUCAGAUUUCCUUUUUUGUUCUCCGCACAAACUGAGCUGGUAGAUCAAAAUGAGGAAUCUCUCAGGUAAAACAGUAAAAGCAUGUUCCACUCUGAUAAAAACUUUAAGCCUUUGGGGUCUGUCUUUUGCACCUUGGUGUGGUAUUAGAGAUUUCCGGGGAUGUGUAAAUCCAUUUACACCCCCAGAAUUGUGAAAUAACACCAUGUACUACUGUCAUUAGGCAACAUUAUCUGUCCCAAACCCAAGGAGACAGACAGUGAAAGGAGCUACAACAGGAACGUGGAAUGAGGGGUUUUUUUAAUGACAAAAAGAGAGCAGGUGAUAGCUUUUGCAUGGUAACUGUAGACAUGAGUCAUUUCUCACACAACCAUAAAUAGACCGCAGUCGUGUUGGCUGAAGGGAGUAAACACUGCAAAAUAUUUUGCUGAGUGGAAGGUUUGCAGUUUCAUCCUCACUUAAUGAUAGAGUCAUUGAUGGCUGUGUGUGACUGCGUAUGAGUGAUAAUGUGACUGAGUGAGAGUGAGGUGCAAAUCAACCCUUCAUGUAGUGAGGAAGAGUUUUAUGGUAGGAUAUAUUUUUCAAGGAUAUGAAUAUGGUCCUUAUAGAUACAAAAGUGGAACAAAGCUGACAAUGAGAUCCUAAAAAGCUGCAUAAGUUUAAUGUGAAAAUAAGUUCGGAUGAAGAAGAUUAGUUUCCUGCCAAUCAGUCUUUGGCCUGCUGCAUGUCUGUCUUCCCUGCCUCAGCUCUCUGUCCCUCCUUCCACUAUCCAUAAUCUUUCUUAUGUUCCUCAUUUGAUUGCCUUUGAAAUAGAGGUGAUUUCUAUAUGAUUGUUCGAGGUCACAGCCACAUGAUAUUUACUUAAACAAGAGUAGCAUAUAGACCUAUAUUUAAGCUUUAUGUGCGACACUCUCUGCUGCUAAAUGUGCCAAGGAUCCAGAAUUUUACCACAAUAUGCGCCAUUAAGCAACUAAAUGGAGCCCUAAAUGUGAUCUUUGGGUUAGCAUUUUCCAAGCAAAAUGUGCAGAGGCUUCCUUGGACAGAAACUGACCAAAAUAAUUGAACGUUUUAAAAUGCCCAAUAUUUGACUUUCAGUUUCUGUUUUUCCUCACCGUGAUAACCAAAUUCAAUUUAAAUGUAAAAUGACUAUUUGAGCAGGAUGAGUCAGCAGUUGUCCAAAACAAUAUGAGGUUAAUAAACAGCAUAUGUUUCAAAAACCUCUCCAAGCUGUUAUUCUAAGAUAUAUUUAAACCUAAUUUUUGUUUGACAACACAAACAUAUAAAGAGGAUUUUACAGCUUGGAAAAACCGUUUAUAUUCUGCUGUGAUAUUUACAGUGGUCAAAGGCGCCCGAGUCAAAUUGGUAAUAUUUACAGUUGGUUUUACUGCCUUUUAACUGCUAUGGUAAGAAAUAUGCGGGGCACUGUCAUUAUAACAAAUUAAUUAGCCACUUAGCUGUGGAACUGUCCUCUGCAUUUUAUUUCUCACUCAGUGUAGACUUGCUGCUUAUCAGCUUACUGGUUUGGCCUGUAGACAAACUGGCUGUGUGAAGUGUCAGGGUGAGGGAUUUACUGCUGGAUUGGGCUGAGCUGCUUCCUGUAGUGUCGUGGUCUCUGCUGCCAGGGAGAUUCUCUGCGUUUUUACCCAACUGGUCAACAACGCUUACUCUACAGCCCAUCACACGUGCACAUGCAGGGCUCUAGAUUAACCUUUAUACUGGGCAGCACAGAUGCUCCCGACUUCACAAUGUUGGGGGCAUUGGCAAAAAUUUAGGCACCUCCCCCUAAAAUUUAAAGCGUACCACAACUAAAAUCUGUAUAUUAACAACGUCAUGUAGCAGUAAUCACAGUAUAUUCCUUGAGUUGUUCUUCUUUUCGUAGUAUAAAUCCAUAGAGGAUGUCUGAAAUGCAGUUGCUGAUAUGUCAAGCUGUUCACAUGACCUGACUGCAGCCCGUUUUUAUAAACUAACAUCUGUGUCUCUCAGGAAAUCUUCUUUGCAUUGACAAGUUUUUCCAUUGUUUUUGUCCUUGUAACAUCAUCUUUUUAAAUUUUUUUGAUAACAAAACAGGAGUAGUUCGUCAAGAAGUCUGGAGUUGCUCUGUAUAGCUGUAAGGAUUGUACGCUGGGAGAACUUGGACAUUAACUACUGGCUUAAGCAUCUGUUUGCCCAGCCAACAGCCAUGAGCAGUCAGUGUGAAUACAGUGUGACAAAACUUAAAUCUAUUUUAAACUUUUCUUUCUCAUUUUUGCAAUAACAUGUUGAUUCAUGCAACAAAAUGGUUUUUUUGUUUUUUUUGUUUGAACAGAUUGCACCACCAGCAGAUAGAGCUAAGUAAAUUCCUGGCAUUAAACAUUUCUUUUCCUUGAUUCUGGUAAUUUUGUAUGCAAUAAAUUUAGCAGUUCUGCUUUAUUUUAUAAAAAUGAUCUAGGCUUGUAAUCUUAGUCAUUUUUAAACCUGUAGCCUUUACAUAUUAAGGAUGAAUACAUUCAUUUGACUUAUUGGUGUUCGGCACUAUUGCACAUUUUGUAAAACUCAACAUAUGUUUGGUUCAUCUGUAGUUUUGUACAAUAAAACUAGAUUUACUUACGCUUUGUUUAAUUGUUACAAUGACAAAAUAUUAAUAUUUAAUCCAGAACGAGAGAAAUCUUUAUGACAGGGUAAUGCAGUGAAGGAGUGACGGUAGUUUUUCUGUAUAUUGCGAUUUUGAUUUUCGUGUGUAGAGGGUUUGGAACAAAGUUUGACAACAGAAACAGAGGGUACACACGCAGCUGUGAUCACCCAUUCACACCUGCCCAUGUGUAGGCUGGCACUAACAACAAGAGGGACAGAGAGCAAUGGAGAGAAAUCUGCUGACUAGCUGACUGAGAUCUGUGAGAUGAAUGCACCCUCUUGAUACUGUUGAUCCAGAUUUUGUAAAUAUCGACCAAAGUUUGGACUCACUCACAUCAUAUUUUUACUUCUGUUUGCUUUUAAAAAUCACCUGAUCAACAAAGUUCCCAUUACCAACUCCUGGUAGAGGUUAAACUCGCAAGGUAUGCAAAAGGGGGUUGUAGGUUUUAGCCAUAAAAAGAAACAUCAUUUUUCACCAUCUGUCUACCUGCUUUCCCUUAAGGCUUGGACACAGAGAUCCCACGUUGUUGAUGGAAACUGUGGGAAAUCGUUAAAAACAGUCAGUCUCCACUGCGCUCAAAUACACAUCUUUUUACCCCUCACAUACACCCAGUGUGACCUGACAGUACUCAAGCCUAAUCCGUGUGCUAUCUCAGGGAGGCAGACAGACUGAGGAGCCUCAUGGCACAGUGCUAGUCAUGUCUUUUUCUGGUCAUUACCAGCACAGGGCCUCUCAACAUGGAUGGAGGGGGCAAUGAAGGAGAACCUCAAUAAAUGAUCAGUGUGCUCUGCCAGAACUAACUCAUGCUGCAUCUGCUGCCUCCAUGUUACUAGGGUUCCUAUCUUGCUCCUUUGCUGAUUGUACAACCCAUAACUUCUCUAGCAUAAUAUUAUAAACCCUCUGAAUUUGCAAGCAGGUGGGUAUGUCAGUCUAAUGACCCAAACUUGGCCAAGGAGGUGGUUGACUUCCCAAGCCUGGAGCACAGCAGAAGCCCACCUCCUCUGAAGCCCCAAAGGGAUAAAAAUGAGGCCCAUUAUAUGGGAAAGAUUGUAAUGAUGCUUUUGAUUAGUGGCUUGUCAGGAGGUAUUGGCCCAGCGCUCAUCACAGCGUUGUUUAGCACUCUGAGGCCUCCAUAAAGAUGAGGAUUUUUUCAGAAAAGAUGAAAAAGCGUAGGGCAUGUGCCUAAUGAAGUCUCAGGCUUAUAGCCCCUCUCAUGACAGGGUAAUUACACCAAAUGCUUCCAGCCAACACUUCAAAGGACACUUCAUCCCUGUGCCAACACCAUGCAACACAUCUCGCCAAUCAAGAUGGCCUGACCUAAAUCAGGUCCCCCUGGCUUGUCUGUCAUGUCCCCAGCCCGAAGACCCACUGGACCCAUGCAGAGCCGACAGCUUUAGAGUCACAGCCACACUGUGUUAUUGAGGAAUGAAGAAUAAGUGUUUUCCGCUGCUGUUAGACAAACAUAUUGAUUAAUCCUAUUGCACGUACAUAAUGAUGUCAAAAGAAGACAUUUAGCAAACUGUCCUCUGAAAUUCAAAACCUUAAAAAACACCACGCAAACCAUACAACGUGUUGCUUUGAAGCAAAAUAAAAGGGUUUAUUAAUAAGCAAAGCGUGCCAUUCUCUAACAUGUUAACAUAAAAUAAUCUUUAUUUUUACACAGAGUAAGCAUGAAUACUCUUCUGAUGGGGACACUAUCAUCUGACCAAGAUCAUUAGUCAGUUCCCACUUUUAAAUAAAAUAUUUUGAAAAGUUAUUUAAGAUUUUUCCAACACUUUAUUCAGGAUAGACAAUUUCUCUAUUUUUCUAUUUUUCUCAGUCUGUUUCACAUUCUUAUUUUUAACUAAAUGUUUAAAUAUUUUAUAGCUGUGUAAAACUUGGAACUGAAUCUUUUUUAGAUUUAGAGCACACAUUUUUAGCAGUCAGUUGGAGCACCCGCCUCCUGCCCUGAGCUCCCAUUAUAAUGAGACUCAAUCUUCCAAGCCAACAGUGCUGAGCCGAUCUCCCAGCAUUCUCCGUGUUUUUCUCAGUGUGGUAAUAUUACAUUAUGUAACAAAAAUUCAAAUACAACCAGAAUGAAGUUUUAUCCAAUAGUGACUGAGAUCUCUAGGAGACGUUUUUGCGGUGCUUAUGAGUCACUGGAGAUGUUUUCUGGUGAAUACAGGAAAUAUAUUCUCCUAGAAUAAGUCAGGGAUGAUAAAUUAGCUUCUGGGGGAUAAGAUAAACCAUAUCACCACAAUGUGAGCGGCUUGGUUGCUUACCCUCCUCACGUCUUGAGGAGAAUUAAAUUGAGCAUGGGGUAAGGAGUUAGGAGGAAGUGAGGAACUGCAGGAGCAAACAGCAUUAAAACAAUAUUUACGAACGAUGUACUUAAGAAGCCAGCAUGCCAGGCUAUUGUGAUAAUUGCUGCGACUUCCUAACUGGUAUAAACUGCUUCAAGCGCAGGAAGUGCUGCACAGGGGCAGGAUGGAAAUCUACUGUGACAUGUUGAGAAAGAAAUAACACUUAGAAGUGUCUGAAUGGUUCCAAUGAACACAUUUCAGUUGUUCCCAUGAAAAAAGCAUUGCCAUGUUAGACACUGGAUGCUACAUAAUUAACAAACAGGAACAGCAAAAUUCUCUCAGUCUUCUACUAAAAUGACUCCUGGAAGAUUGGGUGGCACAGGAACAGAUGGAGAGAGGCCACUUGAACACAGUGUAAUGAAGCGGCACACAGAAAAAAAUCACUCAUACAGUGCGCAUUUCAAAUGAACCCGGAGAGGGUGUUAUGUCUCACUUAUUUUGGGAACUCACACCUGAUGUAUUUUUUACAUAUGUGCUGCACUGCUCAAGAUGCCCUACUUCAGAGCUGUUUUCAUACGCUGUCUUCAUUCUUGAUUAUGUAUUGCACAAACUUAAAAAACAUGAUUGUUCGUCAUUACAAGCCCCCUCUGUUCAACACCUGUUUCCAGUGUAACAGUUCAAACAACAUGUGGUGCAUAAUCUGCUUCAUCAGAUGUAAUUUUACACCCACAUUUGAAACUUGCUUUUUUUUUUCUCAGCCUUUCAUUUGAAUCACAUAUUAAACAUUACAAGCAGAAUAUCUUCCACCACCGGCACGACUCCUACUUUAAUGUUCCUGUAGAUUUUCAAUCAGGAAGAGACUAGGACAGACACUCCCAGGGGGUAGAAGAAACCUGUACCCUCUCAUGAUAAAUAAAUCAUGAUACCUGGUGCAGCUGAAUGUAAGAGAGAAGGACUCUUCUAAUGAUGGUGGACAGUACGGGAUCUAUUUCCCAAAUCACCACUCCACCCGAGGAGAGGCUCUUUGGAGAGUUUUUACAUUACUGACCAUCACUCUGAGUUAGAUUACCCUUGCCAGUCUUUUCCAUCACUGUACCUUUCUGUCACAGACAAGGCUCCAAGUGGCCUCUUUCACUCUGACCCUCAAUUACCCAGCCCAAUCAUCUCAGACAGGUGUUGAGGUACAGUAAUAAACCCCCGCCUGAUGCUGCCGAGGCAGCCUCUCUUUUAAAGCACCUCUGAGAGCUCUGAAAUGACUCAACUCGGUGUUGAUCAGGUGCUGUGACCACAGUUGACUCUGGACUGUCAUCUGAUAGUGUGCAGUAUGAAAGAAAAAAAAACAUUUACAAUACCACUUCAAGCUCUGUAUGAGCCUAAUACACAAGAUCAGACAUGAGCAGUGCUAGAAAGGUGUUCCUGCUUUGAAGGAAAAGAAAGCUCUAAGUGGUUAUUGCUAUAAUUUGUGCAGUAAUCUUUCAGACAGAAAAUCAUGGAUAUUGUUUUAUGCAUCAUCAGAGUUUUAAGUAACUUUAACCAACAACAUUUACAGCAAAGAAAGUGAGUUGAGUUGUCAGCAGAGGCCCCGAAGGAAAAAUAAAGACUAAAUAUAAACUCAUAUCCUCAGCACUUAUACCCAAACUAUACAUUACUGCUUAACUGUGUUGCAAAUGGAGUCUUUUCAGUCACAAGGAUAUGCCAUCACUGCAUCAUAAACCUUGUGAAGCGUAAGCAUCAUAAAGUCUGAGAGGGAUACACAGCCUUAGUCCAGGAUGGAUCAGAUUUUUACAUCUCACUGAUACAGGAAGGCUUGAAUUUCUGGCAUGUGUUUGUUGCUAUUGUGAUGACCUAGUGUGAUCAUUGAUAUCACUCUGUGUGUUGCCCACGCUCUGAUCCUCAGACUGAUUUAACUCAUAUACUUGUGACCAAAGUGUCCAUACAGGGAACAUGUGUCUGUUGCUUACAUAGGAACUCAACAUUUGAAUAACUUUUCUUACAUACUCUACGUUAAAAGGAGCUGUGUUAACAUCGUCUCAUAAUGGGACCUACUGUGGUAGAAAGACACAAAAGACAUAAGGUGUCUCUUUCAUUGGCAUAUGGAUAUGUGUGAAAGGCUUCUUUGUAAAUUUACACAAUUACUUUGGCUCUCUUCGAUUUUCAUAAGACGUUUUCAAUUUUAAACACAGUGUGUGCAUUGUUAAUGACUGAUUCCUGAUGGGUUCAUUCAUCCUUUGUGCAAAAGCAAUCUGCUCCUCCAAUUCACGCCAUAGCUCCUUCAUCACACAUCCUCUGACUGGAAGAAAAAGCAGGGACUAGUUUUCAUUGUUGCUGCAUAGAGCAUAGAGCUGAAUUGUGACCUAGAAAGAUUCAGCAGAACCCCUUCGAGCUGAGACACUUAUCAAGCUAAAUUAGCCUACAUACCACAGGCAGGGGUCAGACUAACCAACAGUGGAGUCUCGCUCAGCUUACCGCUAACAUGUGGGAAUGAAUUUUAAGUUGGAAAUUAGGGUGUGAUGCAUUGCAGCAACAUAAAAGGGUCCAAUGAGGAACUUGAUUGUGAAAGAUCCUUAUUGCUUUUCCUUAACAGGUUUAGAGCGAAGUGAUGGGUUUAUCUAACUAUCUGAUUACCUUGUAUAUUUUACAAGCCAGCCAUGACACAAACACAGAGUGAUGAUUUCUUAACUCAUUGAUUAAAUUAAGUCCUUUGCUGCGGUUGCGUAAUCAGGUGAACAAAGCUAUUCAGCCUCCUCCAGGUUUGAGAAAUGUCUUACAUUAACAACUCCAUGAGUAAAAAGUCGGCAAAUCACACAGCAAACACGUUGAGUAAUUCAAGGAUUAGAGGAUUCAUACAGCCCAAUUCCCUCCGGGCAGUCUGCCAAUAGAAAAGCACGGUCCAGAUACUCACGUAGGGUACAACACCACAACUGGCAGAUCCACAGAAAAGCUCACUGCCAGAUGAGCCAAUGCCAUGCACACAGGCAUAUGCAGACAGGUAGGGUGACUUGAUGGCAUGAAGCAUCUCUGGGGAAAGGAUUCAGGAGUUAUAUAAAAUGCUUUCGAGAGGAGAACACCCUUAAAGCCAGCCUUUGGAGUGGACUCUGUCUGAAUUAUGUUGCUGUGUAAGUCAGUGUUCGUAUUUCUAAUUCAACGAGCAAAUGUAAGUGUGAUGCAAAUAUCAUAAAAUAUUUGCCCAAGAUCAUCAAGUCCAUGGAUAUCAGUUUCCUUGUUUGCAGUGCAGAUAACCUGUUUUUGGUUCGCACAAGACCAGAGCAAUAGUCAUUCUGAGUGUCGUGUUUGCAUGUACAGUCAGAGGCUCACGUUUUCUCUUUCAAAGUUGCCUCACAAUGACUGGGGAUUUGUGUUCUUGAUAAGCUUUACUUAUUUGUAGGCAUAAAAGGCAGAGAGUAAUAACAGGGGAAAUAAUUACAGAGGCAGAAAGAAUGACCAGGUUCCACAAAUCUCAGGGUAAAAGUACACUUUCCCUGCUAUUCAGCCACAAUUGCGCUGUAACCUCACAUGCGCAAAAAAAGAAAAAAGAAAAAAAAAAUUCUUGCAGGUUCGAACCACAAGGCGUAAUUGCUGUAUAGCUUGGGGGGGAAACUAUCAUUUACAAGCAGCAGAAUGCUGAGUGUUUUCAUUUUACAAUAGAUUGUUGUUGAGUGCAGAGCAUGCUGAUUGAAGGUGCAAAAAUGUCAAGUAUAGAGGGCUUGGAUUCUAGGUGUUGCCAGCAAACCAGUGUGAUUUCAGCUGAAGUGCUUUCUAUUCAUCAAACACUCAGUGCUGUGGCUGCUGAUGACAGGGGGAUUGAGGUUAAUUUUGAAGUAUCAAUGGAUGAAAUGCUUUUAUGUGACACAUUUCCGUGCAGUAGGUGAGUCUGCUUUGUUUGACAUGGCCGGUACAAUGGCAAUUGAAAUCAACUAUACUCCUUUGUAAAAGCAUCAAAACCACUGAGUGAAGUGUUUGUGCCAUAAAGCGAUACGUCUGUACAGAGUCAUCUCAUACAGCUACAAGGCAGAAUGUAAUAACAACUAGUUAGCAGGAGUACAUCAUCAAGACAAACUGAAUCAGGACUGAAGACUUUCACCACUCAUCUUCACUUUCCUAUCCCUCAGAGAUGAAGAGACUACACGAUGAGUCACGACGUGUCCUCAAUGCCACACCCUCAUUCGAGAGCACAUUUACUUUUGUCUUGAUAUAGCAUAAAACUAAUUUACAACACAUGUCUACAGGAGGCCUUAGCAGAAAUAAGAAACACAUUUUAAAACCACGAACAAACAAUAUAGGAUUUAUGGAUAUAAGUAACGCAUUGAUAAAGUCAUAAAGGUAGAUACAAACCUAUUAACAGCUGUGAAUAAAUCUAAAGUUUCUGUUAAACAAGCCUGUGAAGGUAAAUCAGUGGGCUGUAAUCCAUCCGGGGGGAAUUUCAUCUAACUUUGUAUCAGGUGAACCAUUACAGAGAUUUAUUUAAAAAAGAGAUUAAAAAAAUGUACCCUCUUCGUUUAGCUUUUAUAAUUGGUACUGCUGUCAGCUACUUCUAUUUGAGUAAAAAUAAACACUGUUUUUUGUGUGUUUCAUCCAGCAAGGAGCCCUCUGAUGUUUGCAUGCAUGUGAACAAAUCUAUUUAAGCAUUUAGUGUCACUGUACCUAAUGUGCAUGUAACAUGAGGUAUUUUGAGACUUGCAUUGUUUCACUCUAUUUCUACCAGCUUUCAGUCUUCUCCUUCACUGUCUCUGAUUGCACUUACUUGAUAGAAACCCCUGCUCAUUGUAAAGCAAGUGUAAGUCCAUUGACAGGACUGUUUUACUUCAUCCAUGUAUGAAUAUAAUAAAAAAGGUACCCAUCAUCAAAACACAAAUUCUAGGAGAACAAAAUAUUAAAGGCAACUUCUCAGUAAAAGUACAAAAAAAACUUUUUCUUCGAUGUACAAGAAAUGAUAUGCCAAAAUAAAAUCAUUACGUAUAAACUAUUAUGGGCAUAUAACUGACAUGGGUAAUGCACUCUAGAUUGUAGACUACCUCACAAACAGGCAGGUAGUUCAGUCUUUUUUUCCAUCGCUCAACACCACUAUGAAAUGAACUUAACUGAAAUGAAUUACGUUUCCUAUCUGUCGUACCUUUUCAGUAAUGCUGUAAUAAUGGGGUCCCCCAGGGGUCUAUUUUGGGCCUCCACUGAUUCACUCUUUACCAUGCCUAUGCAGGAUUUGCCCCAGCAGAAGCAUGAAAAGACGUUCUAAGCAGAUGAUAUUAGGCUCUGCGCUACAGGUGUUUCUCACAUGAUGUCCUGUCUAACUGAAAUUGACAUGUGCAUGUCCAAAAAUGUUCAACUAUUGAAUCACUCCAAAUCUGAAGUUGAAUAAGUCUUCAACAAAGUCUACGAUGUGUAAUAUCAGUGAAACUGUAAAGCUCUUUAUAGCACCAUCUGCUUUCACUGUCCUGCGGGCCUCCCUUGUUGCAGUUAAGCUCAGUAGAGGUAGUGUUUGUAGUGUUGGAGCUAUUGGAUCCCCUCCGCUGGUCAUUUGUAGUCUCAAAUUGAGGGCGUCUUCUCAAUCAAACCUUCACACCACGAGAUUUAUUUACUACAGUUUACCACUGUUUUCAUUAAAUGCAUGAUUAUGAGCUAAUGAUGGAGAAAAGCUGUAAAGUGGUGCUGCUUGACAAAUCUCUCUGACUAUGUUUCCAGCAUGCUUUGGCAAGAAAAGCAGUUUCUUGCUUCUUCAAGUCCAAUUUUCUUGGUGGAACACAUUAACACAAAAUACCUCUUUCAGCAUUUUAUUCUGGUACAUUUGUCUCACCGGUAUAUGGGCUGCAGCUUACUUUUUGGAGGACGAAAAAUGUAUAAGUGCUUGAUUUGUAAAAUUAUCUAAAUCGUUAUAGGUUGCAAUAAUGUGUGGAAAAAGGACACAAGAAAUCCUCGAUUGGGACUUGCAUGAAAAUAGCUCUCAUUCAGCAGUCAUUUGCUGAAUUUACCUACAAAUGACUAAUGAAUUUCCCUUUGGCGAUCAAAAAGUUAUUUUAUUGAAAAUGUUUACAAUGACAGUCCUGAUAUAUGAUCUUGGAUAGGUAUAUUGCCAGUCAUAAUGUUGGCAUGCAAGCAAUUUCGCCCUUUUACAUCAAACUCGAAUUACAGCUCAGAAAGAAGGGUACACUAUCAGCUCUGCGUCUAAUUCAUUAUAAACCAAAGUAUAAUUGGCUAAUUUGGACCAAGGGGAUUUUAUGGAUACUGAAGGGAUGGCCAAAACAUUCACAAUUCAUUCUGUGGAAGGAUAGCGGUGUCUAUACCGAUUUGAAUAGCAGUCCUUUUCCAUAACUGUGGAGAACUUUCUUUUGGAGAUUGUCAAGGGCACUGCUGCUAUUGAGGCUAAAAGUAACAUUCAUGUGAUCUUGCUCGACGACUUUCAAUGAUAUCUAAAGAGGCUCCUCUCUCUUCUUCUCUCCAUUUUCUGUUGCAGGUGGUGGGUCAGAUUGAUAAACUAACGUCCGACUUUGACUUUGACCUAGAGCCGGAUGACUGGACGGUGGCCACAGCCAGCAGCACGUCCAGCAGUGAGCGGGGUUUGGGAGAGGCCUUCAGGCUAGACUUCCUCAAUGCAGAUGUGCUUUCUGACAGCUGGGAGUUCUGCAGCUACCUGGAGGCUGCUGGAGCUGCGGCCCGCAGGUCCAAUGAGCAACCAGGAGACCUACGACCAGAGCUGGGCCGUGGGACCAUCCCCACCCAGACCCAGACCCCCACCCCGCCCCCCACCACUGCCUCGGUCUACUCCCAGAUGAACGGCGGGCUGCCCAUCCCCAAUGGGCCGCGCAUUAUUACUCCAGAUUCAUCCAGCGAAGAGGCCAGCAGCUCCACGCACAGCCACAAGACCUCCCGAACCUCUGGCACAAGAGAAAGAGUCCGCUUCAGUGACAAAAUAUUGUACCAUGCAUUGUGCUGUGAUGAUGAUGAAGAGGAGGAGGAGCAAGAGGAAUUACAGGAGGACAAGAGUGGCUGUGCUACACCAGAGAGCGAUAGUGAACCCAGUCCUCUGUCGAGCUCAGUUGCCCCUAAACGUUCUUCCUCUGAGCACUCACUCCUCCAUAACUGUCUGGACCCUUCCUAUGUCUCCUUGCCUCCGAAGGGGACGACGGGAGCUCACACACUUCCAAGGAAAGGUCUCUUAAACCCCAGCUGCCGCAAAAAACUGUUACGAAAUAGCAGCACGCAAACUGUCUCUGACAAGAGCACCCAAACUGUACUGCCCUAUAUUCCAACCAAACAGAAAACAAAGGACCACUGAGAGAGCCCUAAGUUUAUCAUAAUUCUCAUGAAGAGGACUGUGCAUUAUUUAAUAUUAAAUACAUAGCUCAUAGAUUAAUACACAAAUAAAUUAAUUACUAAAUAAAUAAAUGAUAUAUGGGAAAUCACUCGACUACCUAAAGUUUUUCUGAGGCUCAGGGAAAACUUGAUGAAAUGAAGCGAAGCAGAUCAUUGAGGUGAAAGUUAGAGGUGGACCAAAAGGUUAGUGCCUGUGUAAUGUUAGAAAAAAAAAACACUGAAUGGCUCCCCCUGUGUGUGUUAAACUUGAAACAAUGACAGAGAUUAUAAAAGCAAUCAUUUUUACUACAACAUUUCAAGUGUUCGAAAUUGAAAGUGAGGGCAUUUCUGCUCCUGAUACAAUGGUGCAAGUUACAACAAAAGAAAAAAAAACGCUUGUUCUUACAAUGUGGAAAAACAAAACGCUGCACAUCUGUACUCUGAAUCUGUAUAAACAUUGUCUUUUUUCAUGUUCCAGUUAUUUCAAAUGUCAAGGGGAUUGUUGCUUUCAGCCGGGUAAUGUAUCUAGAUGCACAUGUCAAGCCUCUUCCUCUCUUUGAUGUCAAUAUAUGACUUUAAGCCAAGAGCCAGGGAACAACUUUACUUACCUGCCCUUGAUUUUUAUAAAUCAUCCCAGUGUGAUACCUGCUUGGUCUACUACAAACACCAUAAAAAAAAAAAAGAUUAAAAAAGGCAGAAAAAUACACAAACAUAAAGCGAUGAAGAAUUUGCGGAUUACGACAGUGACAUUUCAAUUUCUUUCUUUGGUCCCUGCCUUGCUGUGAUGUCAUUAGAUAUAGGAUUGAGAAGCUGAACAGCAGUCUACAAAAACAGUGCUAAAGGUUUUGUCUCUCUAUUCACUCUCCCAGUGGGGAACUGAACUCAGCGGAGCAGCAUUUUAUUCACAAGCUAACGCCAAUAGCCAUUCCUGAUCAAUAUGUUAGAGGGAGGUUGCAGUGAGAGGUCUCUCUGCUGAGCAUGCAUGCCACUCUCCUGGGAUCUGUGAACAAAAACUCACAGUCAGACCUAUUUACUUACACUGAGCGAAACAAAAAUUAGAACUGUGGCCCUUAAGAACUGACAUUUCAAAUAUGUGUGUCCAGGAGUGAGAGCUGAUGGUGGAAAAAGAGAGUGUUACUGUUCAAAGAUUUCUGUUUUUCUUGUACAGAGCAAUAAUCCACCCUGGGGAAUGGCUUUGUGAGCUCGCACCCCCGGCCCCCUCACCCUUGCUCUCCUAAUGUUGUGUUUUUCAGUUUGAAAAGAAAAGAGUAAAAUGUCAUAGUCUUAAAGAGGAAUGUCCUCGCUGACUCAUGUGAAGCUGACCUUUGUGCCUUGGAUCACCUGAAACAAACUUUAAAAUACAUGGCGGGUAGAAAAGGAAGCGUAGUCUCUCUGAUAAGAUAUUUAGUUCUUCUGUGUUAGACGACUGUAACGUGUGUGUGUGUGCAAAUCAUCUCACUUUAACUUCCGCAUAACAGGAUUAUGUGACUGUUUUCUCUGUAAGUGGAACAAACAAGGCAAUUUACACUUGAAAAAAAUCACUGAAUACUUUCUGAGUAGAUUAGACUGCAAAAAUAUUCUAUAACGAUUUUCAGUAGAUUAAGACAAUUUAUUGGAAGUAGCAGCUAAGACUUUGUGCUGAAAUGGUACAAAUGAAAACAUCAGGCAACUUUGAAACAGGAUAUUAAAAAUUUUCUGCUUUCAAGUGUCACAGCACAAUGUAAAGCAAAAGUCCAGAUUCUACAAGUCAAUAGUUAGAGUGCCCUGUGACCAUUCAGCAAAUGACAAACACACCUCUGAUGAAAUGCCUUGGUAAUUCCAAGGCAGGCCAACCUGUAAAUCUGUAUUCAUUUCAUUUGAUGGUGACUUGGGAGGUGUUGAGUCUUUCCUCUCUGCUGCUGGUCACUGCACCACUGUAGAUUAUAAGAGGCUCUGGAGAAGCCCGCCCAUAACAGCCAGCCUCUUUGUUUUUGUUUGUGUGUUCAUGUAUAACAGUUAUUGCAUAGUGCACUGCUUAAGGGAAUUACAGCUGUGCUGUUCAGGCAGCAUCGAGCCUCCAGAGCCCGAUAUAAGGGAAGCAGAGUGAGCACUUUUACACCAGACAGCUUGGUAGAAACUGCACAAGCAUCAAUUAGCCUGAAGCUGAUGUGCUUUACAUGCAUCUACCAGAAGCAAUUAGAUUUUUUUUUCUUUCUGUUUUGAAAUGUUUCCCUUUUUGUCUUGCUCUGGCUCAGUUAUUCCCAAGUACCUGUGAAGAAGGAGGUACUGUAGAGAGAUCAAUGGCUCACUCCCCAAAGCAUUGGCUGCCAUUUCCCUGCUAGAUUGGGGACCAACAGGUCAUCACAGCCAUUAGCAUAAACAAACAAAGCUCUGCCGCCACACAGGCAAAGCGUCAAUUACAGGGAAACAAACUAAGCCCUUAUUGUGAUGCUUACACACCCGCCAGACAUUGCAAUGUGAAGGGAUAUUUUUUUUCUCUUUCCAUCCAGUCCUGAGAUUUUUAUAAGUCGUAUCUGCAAGAAAUCACCUCCUCAAAUAUAGAGCUGUUUGGCACUAGUGUAGAAUACAUUAUCAUUGGGGACAGAUUUGAGAUAUUUGGACAAAACAUUAGCACCGUCUCUUUUGCCAACAGGCUCAUUAUUCAUCUCUAAUAGGGCAGAGCUUUGUCCUCAAUCCUCUGUAGGAGAAGGACGAGAGGCAUCCAAAGGUUAUGAAAAUCAUCUGGAUCUACCAGGAAGAUCAUUAAGCGAUGCCAAAGCAUACAAAACAGAGUUGUGUGUUUGUUUGUAUUAGAGGGGGCCCUUUGUAGCUGUGCUCACGGUUUUUGUGUCUGCUCAUUGUGUGUGGAGGAAAGGGGAUGUUUAUACAUAGCCUCAUGUUUAUCAUAUUUCACUGUCCAAGCAAUUAAUGGAGAUCAAUACAAACAGACACGGCACAUCCCCCUGGAAGUCAUUUGGGCAGAUUUCUCUGUUAAACAAGAUCUCACCAAAUCUCUUUCAGAGGUCUGCAGUGAGUCAUGCCAUCUGUGUUUUGACACCAACAUUGAGCGUGUAUUAGUUCACAUUUCUAAUCAAUGCCUUAAUCACUGCUAGAGGGACACUCUCCGUUGAGUGACUGACAAACAGUAUAGAGCAAAAUCACUUUAGAGGGGUGAUUGUGACAAUAAAACACCGAACCAUACAACCCCAACCUCUUCCCUGCACACCCUUCAAAUAUAAUUACCACACUUCACUCCCACUGCCCCUUACCCCCAUCAGUGAGCACAGGAAAACAGAUGACGGAUCUCUGUUUUCUCUGCUGAUUGGUAAGGGUCCAUGAAGCGGAGAACUCAAUGCAGCUUCACUGAUUACUAUAGAUUAGCUAACGGCUGGGGCUACCUAGGGUUGAUUUGUUUCAUCUUUGUGACAUUUAUUUCCUGCCGCUAUGAGAACAAACUAUUUCUAUUGCGUCUGCCCCCUCCGUCUGUGACCUGCAACUGCCUUUACCACACAGGCUGCUUCCACUCGUGAUAUUUCUGGUCACUGGUUUGUGAAUGUGAUUUCUCAGUAAUGGUCGGAUGAGAAGAAGCAAAAAAUGUUUGGUAACCAGGUCUCAGCAUGUGUGACUAUCGAAUGAAAGUCACCCUAAGAACUAACUGCAUGUGGUGAUAAAAGGUCAGCAUCAGAAAAACACUGAAUCAAACUUUAGGUUCACAUAACACUUGGUUAAAUAUUACAUGGUCAGCUUCACCACACAAAGAUAACUUGGCUGUAUUUAUAAAUACCAGUCAGAAUCGACUGGGACUGCUAAAUAUUGAAAUAAACCCCAAUAAUGGGAUAUUUUCUUUUCUGGGACGAGACUUUAAACCACUUUAAUGUAGUGUAUCUUCAGUGUUCAUAAAUAACUUUAAUUUUUAAUGAUACAACUACCCAAUUUAUAAUCUGGAUAUUUGAGACUGUUUUCUACUUUUACCACACAGUGUCCAACCCUUUGUCUUCAUAAACCUAAACUUUGCCAAUUACACCAACCGACCUACUUACACGUUAUCAAUUAUAUCCAAUGUUUAAAGUCAAACUGAAUUUGCAUCACCAGCCCUGUGAUAGUAACUUACACCAAAAUCAAAACACAACAACAUCCUCUGUACAUGUGUGGCAGGCGUGGACUCAGCAAAGUAAACUGUUUGUCUGUAAGUGUGCCCACCUAACCAACCACUGGGUCGACUCAGAAUACACCGUCUUUAAAUCGGUCUGGCUUAAUUGAGCAUUUGCCAGGGUAUUUCUGACAGCAGCAGUGUUGUGUGAAUGUUUACAGGUCAUGUGAUACAGACUGCAUAAUGAUCAGUCCACAGUAUGUUUAAGGAAGAGGUUGAUUUAAAGUGAUAUCAGGUAGAAAUUUACAGAAAAUUAAAUCAGUCAAUCAAUUUUAUAAAGCACGAAUUCCCAAAAGUGUUAUUUCAAGAUGCUUCAGAAAAAGAGCACAUGGAGACUAUACUCUGUUUAAACCAAUCCUAGAAAGUGGCAAAAGCAUGUCUUGUUUCAGGUCAUGUGACGGUCAUUACAUGUCCCGCGAUGUAACUCCUGUGCGUGCUCAUCACACGAUUGCACUGGUCAAACGAACUAUCGUCCAACCCUGGAAUCUGUCCUGCAUUUUACCUCAGCAAACCCAGGAUCGACUCCCAGUAGCUGAGGGAUGGCCUUACAAGGCCACGUCAGCCAUCAGUCAGUGCAGGAUUGGACCAGGGGAGUGAUUAAUGAAGAGCCAUGUAGAAGCCCCAGAUAAGAUUGGACCUUCACAGGAAAAAGAAGGACGAGGCCUGGUGCUGCGAGUGGAGGGGGGGGCUGGGAGGUUCCUGGGACAAAACAUUGACUUAUCACACAGUAAUUAAAGUUAAUGAGAACCCUGUCACUUUCACAUACACCCUGGCAUUUUGAUUGAACAGUGUGUCAAGCAAAACAAAGAAAGGUAAUAAGAGGCGGUAAUUAUUCUACCGUAGGUCAAAGAGAAGGCGACCAUACCUCCUUCAUUAAAUAAAGUUCGCACAUUAUUUUUAGCGUUUGUGAUGGAUCACAAUCAGAGGCUCUUUCUGUACAUGCUGAAGUUUUGAUGCCCUGAUUCUAAUCUGACAAACUUUUCUCUCAAGAAAGGUAAAUGUGAAAAUGAAGUUGCUCAAUUAACUGACCUGGGGACAACUGCUGUCCUUUAUAUUUAAGCUCGGCAGUAACAGGAAACUCUGCUCAGUUGAAUCGCCAUUCUUGAGAAGCAAAUUAAUCCAAAUUGCUACAUCAGGUGAAAAGGACACAAAGCACAAAAAUUGAUCAGCACACCCAGGAUGAGGAGAGAAAGUAACAGUUUCUUCACAUUACCUGACUAAUAGUUGGAAGAUCUCCUGAUGUGAACUUAAAAUGUGGCAGAGCUGAACAAGGCGGAGAAGUGCAUAAUCAUUGCAGAAGCAAUUUCUGAGAGCAAGCGAAGGAGACAGAGGAAGAAAUGAUUGCUGCCGAAAUACUACGAGUCCCCAAAUUGAACCACCGCAGAAAUGUAACCUUGUUGCAUAUCACAUUAAAUUGCACACAAAUGAUGUGUGUAAUGACAUGCUCAGCUGAGCGACGAAUACAUCAAGAGACAAUUGAAUCGGUCUAGAAAAAUACACAAUUACAGGAAACAUCAGUGACAGAGACUGCAGAGGAUGGGUGAAGCAUGUCACAGAAUAAUCAGAAAAUACAUUUCUACUAAGUUAUUGGUGACUUGUGAAAUGAGAGUCAAUUGGAGACCACAGCUGUUAAAUGGAUAUGUAUUUGACAGUUGUGGGAAAUCAACAGAGCUAAGUGCAGUUCCGUCUGUGUACGUCGAAUCCUGACAAUAUGUGGUAAAAGGCUAACAAAAGCCAGCGGCAGUCUUAGCCAGACAGCUCCGGUUUGGCAGCCCGUCAGAUUUUCCAUGGCAUUUUACAGGUAAAGGCCAAGAAGGCAGGGAAUUGCUGACAAUUCAGUAAGACCAACAAAUAAGAGUUAAAUGAUGAUAAGACAGGUGCAAUGUACAAGCCAAGUCCCUAAGUGCCCCUUAUUUCACCUUACAAGGGGCUUUCCCCAUUGCUCAUAUUUAGUACUUUUUCCACACACUAUAAUCUUUACUCUCUCCCUCCUUCUCUCUUUCUCUUCCACGUACACACUCUCCUUUGCUCUUUUUUUCUAUGCACUUGUCUCCUCUGGCUGUAAUGAGCUCUGCACUUUAGCCCAGGAGGCUGUGACAGAGAUCUCCAUCAAACACACUGCCAUUCACAUGUGCCAAGGACAGGUAAGAGUCAUUCUUCUAAAGCUCCACUGCCAAACAGAGGGGAGGGUGAUUGAUUGAGUCAUGGAUUGUUCUCUGUCUCGGAAAAAAAAAUAACAGAAUAGAGCCUUACAAAAACAGCCCCGAUUAGAAGUAUUACUACUGUAUUUACCUGCUCUAAUUAGCAGAGAUUUAUUUUUUCAGAGGUUAAGCAGCUCCUUUCUCCUUCUGCACAAAAUUGGGUCACCAGACAGAGAGGGGUGCCUGAAUGUUGUGCUAUGCUGCUGUGCAUUUUCAUUCAAUACAUUACAGAAGUGAUCAUUCUCAAAUGACUGCAAUUAGUCAAAUGUCAGGCUCAGUUUGCGCUCUCACGGUGGCUUGCUGACAAAGUAGCUCAGAGGUAAGUCAAAAGAUUAAUAGCUGUGGGAUUUCAUUAAGUCAGGUGCUUGGAAGAAACAGGAGAAGUAAACACAAAUUAAUUCAAACUUCACUGUUUCCCCUAAGUUUAGUCCAUAAUCAGCCACAGGGGACUGAAAGAAUCCGUCAUCAGGCUCAGGUAUCGAUCUGGUUCACAUGUACUGUAUGUCAUAAUAUACACCCGCAACUGCCAAAAGCUCUCAGCCUUUCUUAUCAUGUCAGUUCAUAAUAAUAUUACUGUUAUUUUGCAGUAAGAUGAAGUUAAGACAACACGGUGGCUGUUUGUUUGAUGAAUUGCUUGUCUAAAUCAGCACACAAAGGUCAAACAUAAUUUGUCAUUAAUGCUCCAGUGUCGCUGCCCUCCCUUCUGAAAACACUCCAGCAGAGGUAGAGUGAAGUGAAAGGUAGAAAUUUGGACUGGGUCCAAAACCAGUGACCGGAGCCUGGUGUGCAUGAAUGAACUUUCUCAGACAAAAAAAGACUGAUUUGAAGAGGACCAGAGUACGGUCAGUCAGUAUUAGCCAAAUAGACCCACCAAGGACGAAUUAAGCUGAUCCAACUUGCAGCAAACCAAAAGGGCCUAAAAGAGACAGAACAUAAGGCAGCAGAAUGGUGCACAUUAAACUGAUGUGUAAAACUGAGUAGUAAUGUACUGCUAAAAUAAUCACACAGUCACACAAAGUCAGAAUUUGAACAAAUCACUCAAUCAAUCAAUCAAUCAAUCAUUGGACCACCAGGCCAGGACACAGUUGACUACACAAAGUUUGUGAAAGUCAUCCCUUAUUUAUCAUUGAACAGAUAAUAUACUGAAUUAUUCCUCCAACACAGCCAUUGAGCAGAGGGCUGUGUGGGAAAUGUUACAGUUGGUCAGAUGCACAGUUUUGUCACAAACAUCAGCUCCUUCUACAAAGCUGAUACUAAAGCAGCAAAAGGCCUGUAAUGCAACUCGGAUAAAAAGCAAUCAGGCAGCAGUUUGAAGUUAUUGCAUCCUGGCCUUGUCCAAGUGGUCAAUCAAUGUUCUCUUUUGCUUGUGUCCUCAGUGCAUCAGCAUGGGCUAUAAAGCCUAAAAAGCACAGCAGUUAAAUGCCUCUGUGAGCCCUUUGCUAGCCUGGUGUCUGGCAAUCUGGCAGGGGUUUCUGGCACCCUCUGUGUUGGACUAGGACUUUAAGAGCAUGUAAAGUGUAAAUCUCCCAACUGACAGACCAAUCGCUGCUGUCUCCAGACCGGAUUUACCGUCUCACACAGAGCUGUAAGAAGCCAGCUGUAGCGACAUGCUACUAUAGGAAAUACAUUAAAAAUUAUAGAAACAUUUUUACUGACAUUUGCAACGGUGAUGGCUCAAAAUCUCCAAGUCUAUCAAAACUCUAUGUGGACAAUAUUCAAAUACACUACAUGUAUUAGUCAAUACACGCAGAUAUGAACAUGACUGCACAAACGCAAGAUGAGCUGACUCUGGUAAAAAGCAUCAAACGGUUAUUUUUAUGUUUAAUAAUGUUCGUGGUUCCUAAAAUAAAUAAAUAAAUUCAUAAAUAAGAUUCUGUUUGCAAUAUUGCAAGUGUGUUUGGGCUGUAUGCCAACAUCCCUAAUACACAUCUCAAGUCAAACGCCAAUGUAGUGUGUCAAAUAAAAGACUGACAUCUUGACAUAUCGUAAAGCAAAAUUUCCACAGGUUUAUAGUUUGUCUGACUUUCAUAGAUGAAACCACAUUACAAUAUAGCUUUGAUUUGCAAACCAAUUUCAGAUCUGACCUCUGACACCAUUCUUGCUUAGUUCAAUAUCCAGUUAGAAGUUAUUAAUUAUUACAGAUUAAACUCUCAGUUCAAUAAGAAUAAUAAUCUGUGUAAUCUGUGGUGUUCAUGAUUUAAAGCUUAAAGCUAACUUUUGGUCAAAGAUAUAUAAAAAAAGUGCAAUAAUGAGUGAAAAGUACCAAGUAUAUUUUACAGCAGUGAGGCUACUUCAAACUUCUUUUUGUCUAGUGUUGCAUGACAGUACACAGUAAUUAACAUGACAAGGCACUUUAGACAUUUUGGCUCUUUGGUGCUAAAACAGAGCAGGUUGGGAGCGAGUCAGCAGAGCAGAGAAUAAAAAUCUGAAACAAGGUUUUAAAAUUUUACAGUUGCAUGUGUUUGGAUGUGAAGCUGGUGUUGAGUGUCUUUCCAACCUUUCCCUCUAAAACACUGUGCAGUCUGGGCCAGCUUUUCUUGAGUGGUGGAUUAUGUUCUUGUCUUGUUCUUCAAGGUGCAUAAGUGACAAGAAUAGGAGAUUCUUGUCAAACCUGGAUGUAACUAAUAAUAUUCAUAAUAGCUGUACUCCGUUUAAGUGCCAGAGAUCUGGCAUUGUACAUGUUAGCUCCCUGGCAUGACCGAUUUGGACACUUAAAUAGAGCAGAUCCAUAAUUAAUGUAAGUAAGGUAGUUAGACCUGCGCUUUUCCUGUCAAAAUGUCUGCUAUGGGAAAGACCAAUUAGUCACAUUCAACUAACAGUACAUUUUCAUGCAUAUGAAAAUAUCAGGGGGAAAAAAAAACAGCUGAACAUGGGAAAUACCCCAAACCCUGUACAGUACCCCAACCUUCAAAUCACUUUAAUGUAAACAAUGGUUUUAUUUACAUGAUCUUUAUUUAUAAAUCAGCAUAGAUAAGCACAUACUGUCUUAUUGCACUCUUGUAUUUAUAAGGAGAAUUUAAAAAUCUACACCUCACUUUAUUUAAUUAAUGGUUGUUGGAGCUGUAACAUCACAUCAUGCCUCCAACAGCAGUGGGCCUAUUUCCAUUGCAAUUAAAUACAAAGCUCUAAGCACUGCUGGGGAAACUGUCAACUAAUAAGUGCUGUUGCUGCUUAAGUUUAACGCGGUUUUAAUGAGGGGCAGACACCUCACACUCAGUAUGACACACACACACAACGCUGUCUUUAAUUUGGUCCCCUUUCAAACACACUGACGUUCUUUAUUGUUGCCAUGGUAGCCUAAUGCACACAAUCAAAAACUGUCAGUCAGCAUCAUAUCACAUGCACACAUUUUCAUUCAGCUGAUUACUAUUAUGGCAGCAGAACAGAUUUUAUAUGUCAACAGGAAAAAAUUUGCAGCAAUGAUUCUGUUCAAACACUUGUAGGAAAACAUAAUCAGGUGUUUUUACAGGAGCCUGAAUUUGGUCAAAAAAAAUGGAUGAAGGCUAUUAAAAUUCACAACUCCACAUUUUUUAAGCCAAAUAUGAUACAUCAGAGGUUUUAUUCUGUUUUUAUAGGUUUUAUAGGACUGUUUUUUUGAUGCAAAGGAUACAUGACGGUAUGAUUGCGAUGGCAUUAUCACAUGAAAUACUCUAUUUUAGUCGAUAAAGGGAGAAUAAAUGUGCCAACAAUGAGCUUCAUUUUGUGGAAAUAAUUAGAAGUAGAAAAGAUGACAGAAAACAGACAUGCUACUGCAUGUCUUACUUUUACACCAAUACAUUUAUCAAUUAUGUUUUUUUUAUUUUUUGUCUUUUUCCAAUUCAAAAAGACUGUCACAAUAAGAUUAACAGGUAUAUCCUAGUACAGAGCAGAUUUUGUAUUUCUAACCUUAAUUAAAAAAAAAAAAAAGAUGUCUAUAUCAAUUAUUCCGGCAUUGCCAGACCUAUCAGGCAGUACGUAUUCAUUUUCGCUGGCAUGUGGGUCUGGAACGGCUGCAAUCAUAAUCCUUCACUCAAGAUGAGGACACAAGAGCACCGCUUAAGGAUAUUCAUAAACAACCAAGAUGGCAGCUUUCUUUGUGUUUCCAGACUCAUCGACCAUGGUGGAUUAGUCUGGCAAUGUCAGGCUAUAUAUAUCAAUACCAGCAUUGAGAAAAAUAAUAACAUCAGAUAUUGAUGGGGAAAAAAAACAAUAACAUGCAUCAGGGAUGUCCCAGUCUGCUUUAUUGGCCCCUGAUUCUGAUUUGAUUUUUCAAUACUGAGUAUCCACCAAUUCUGAUACUAGAAAAUCUGAUACUAGAAAAUCAAGCUGCACACCUUUUAUUGGUGUUGUUUUCUACACACAAAACAAGGAUUAAACCAAAAAAAUUAAAGAUGUCUUCAACUUAUUUCCUCUAACUUAGUUCAGCUAUUAUUGCUUUAUAACCUGAUUUAAAUAUUCUUCUGAUCUAUAUUACAAAGUUAGGGAGCAUGUCAUGCUGCAUGCUUAAAUUCAAAGAAAUGCUGGCGUUAAUGUAUUGCUUUCAGAAGUUGGUGUGAAAUCCAUUAAGGCAAUAACUAACUACUUGAUUAAUAACAAAAAUACGGAGCAGUUAUUAAACUUUCUCACCUUAUGUUCCCAUUUUUCAUUGCUACUUCUAUUUCAAAAAGCAGGAGAUGGCUGGACAAACCAUGGAUCCAAAAGAUGUCUUGUUAGUAUUUCCACACUGGGCUGCUUAUGCUAAUGUAUAAGACUGUCUAAUGUUUUAGCUUUGUGCAAUCUUCCCCAAAAGAGUGACCAUAGUCAGGCUGCAUUCAUGUGUUCAUGCAAUAAAAGGUGGAGACAAGCUUGAGUUCCACAUUAAUAUCCUGUUUGUUAUUUUAUCAUGGAGUUUGGUAGGCUAACCCUUAAUAAUUGGUUAUAUGAAUGAAAUCUUGCUCUCUGCACAAAUUGCACUCAGUGAUGACUAAAUGAAAUAAUUGGGUGAGAUAACCAUGUCAAGUUACAGAUCACAGAUCAGUUAAAGAAUGCUAAGAUCGACUGAGAGGAGACAGGAACCGUGACAUUUCUGUUCUACAUCCUGAGUUUUAAUUUAUAAAUUAUUAUUUUAAUUUUGAUCAUGAACUCACUGAUGUUCUUGAAGUGUUAGUUUUCUAUUAGCAGCAUCGACCUUUUUUACUGUGAAACUUGUUGAACUUUGUUGUGGGUUGUAUGCAGUGUAGGUUUCACUGACUGAUUAAAGAGUGUAGGACAGUGAUGAGGUUGGAUAGCAUUGCCACUGAUAGGUGUAGCCAGACACACAAAAUGGACAUUUUUCCACAUCGGUUACAGAGAAGUCUGUCCCCAACUGUGGUAUUAUACUGUUUUCCAUUCCUCUCCUAUAACACACGAGUAUAAAUAAUGAUAAGUUUUUUAAAAACUAUUAUGGAUUUCACCUUUAAAGGUCAUGUUUUCAAAAGAACAGUUAUGCAGUCACAAAUCUUUUUGGCUUCAAAACUUCCAUUUUCCCUCUACCUUCAUUUUUACAGAGGCAGCUGCUCCUGCACUUAUUCAUUCAUUCAUCCACCCAAAAGAAGGACUGAGUUGAGAAAAAGAGAUUUCUUUCUCAGGCCAUUACCGACUAUUUCCCUGAGGUGCAGACCCCAUCACACAGUGUUUUUACAGACUGUGAGAGGGAGACUUGGCAGAGUUGAAGAAUACAUUUCUGCUUAAUUAAUCCCAUUCCUUACUUUAGGUAUUAAAAGCCAAUGGUCUGUUUAACAACUUUCGGCGACACUAAACGGGUAAUUAGUCACAGCCUAAUCAUUUUUCAUACUUUUUAUGGGUAUGUCCAGUGCAGGGUGUGCUCCCUGGAGGGUCAUCCCACUAGCCACCGUACUUAUUCAGCGGCCUUUUCACAGUUCUGUACCUCCACAGAAGAUUGAGCCGUCUCCUUUCCUUUCCCUCUCAGCCAGUUUGUCUUUUAAUGUAACACACGACCAACACUUCAGAGGACCCAGACCCCCAAUGCAUAUUCUUCAUUGAGGACAAAUGUGUAGCUCUUCAGUACAGAGCAGCCAGAGGUGCUGUGGUAUGAUGAAGAGACCAUUUCUCCGCUAUGGAAAGGAAUAAAGAAACAUAGUCUGGCACGAUCAGCUAUGGCACACUGACUAGCAGUUUGAGCCAGCUGUUGCAGACAGCCAAUCCUGAAGCUUUUGUGACUUUUAUUCAAAUGGUUGGGAAAUUAGAAUCAGUAAAAUGGCAAGAGCCGCCCACUGCCCAGGUGUAAAUAUGAUUUCAAUAAUGCUUUCUGUUCUCUAAAUAAGCACAGCUGUUCAGACACACCGCCAGUAUUCUGAAUUCAAAACACUGUGCAGGACAUGUUAGUUCUUUUCUCUCCGAGAAUAAAGACUGAAAUAGCUGAACACACCAGUGAUAGCUUUUAUCUUGCCCCGGUAAUAAGCUUUUACCGCCCACUGAAGCAGAGGCUAAAGAUAAAAUCAAUUAAACAAAAGUGCACAUCUUCCCGGCCAACUUCAACAUCCAUUUGAGAAUUAAAAUCUGCUAAGUAUUCUAUAUUCAUGAAAACAUCUGUUACGUGCCCAGACUGGACCUUCAGAGAUGAGGUGGUUGUUUAAAGCAGCAUGCAGACACUUCUAUGGUGCAGGAACAAGAACAGAAAACGGUUCUCUAGUCUGGUUUUGAUAUAACAGGAGGUUUCCUUCAAAGCGGUUAUCAAUGAUUGUCCAAUGUGUAAUCCUCAUCUGAUUGCUGCAAGUCCACAAACCUUUCUAAAUUUGUUUAAUCGUCAUGAGCUGUUUGCUGUCAGUAAUAAAACCUUGGAUUAUUUCGACCAGGCUGCUUCAUUAUGCUAACUAUUGGAAAAUCAAUCUGAACAUAUCAAUCAGCUUUAAACCAGCCGAAGCAUCAGCGAAGAUCCGGGGCUAUUAACCCCUAAAACACUGAGUUCAUGCCUGAGCUGAUCACACAACACAGCCUGAUGCAUCAAACGGGCUAAAAUCCCCUAAAGCUCAUGCCAAUCUUGUUAAUGUCACACUUCUGUGUGCCAUCUGGCAUGACUUUAGCAGUCACACUAAUAUUAGUCAAUCCUCGCAGCUUUCUAUGAUCUGUAAAUCUCCAGCAGCUCGCAUUUUAAUUUGUCGGCAGCCCUUUAUGACAUUUGCCCACAAAUUGUCAGCCAUGAGCAGCGGUAAAAGCCACAGGUGGUGUGACAACCUAAUUAUCAAUUGCUUCUCACUUGUCAUUAACCUUUAAAUACUCAAUAGACCUUUUUCUCAUGGAGGACAUUUUGACCUGCAGAAAUAACACAGGUGUAGCUAAUAGCUUUAACGCCGGCUCUAACACAUUAAGGUGUGAGUGAGCCUUGGUAGCGUGUCGACGUUAACAACGCCAAAGUCCCAACACUGGCACACUGACAUGGAGAGUAAACAUGACCUGAUCCAGGAAAGGGUUAAAACCAACCAUGUAUGACAAGUCCAUGUACAACAUAGGCAUCAUUAACACAUCAUAGUGAAACACAGGCUGUUUCUUUUCUGUUUGCACCACUUUUCACAGCUACGUGUAAAUGUUACAGGGAGAAACAAGUUUACAGUAAUUAUGUGAAGUUUUUACACUCAGCUGCACAAGGUGCUCAUUUUCAUGCAGUUUAUAGAUUGUACUCGUGCCCUAAGUCAAGUGCAACGUGUUCACAAGACCAAAGUCCACAAGGGGUGCAAUCUCCAGAUAACCUUAAGGUCAAGCUUCACAAGCACUUAUUCCACAAAUUGCAACCAGCUAACCUCACAUAGAGCGAGUUAAUCAAUGGGAAGUUGCUCUCACACAGCGAAGUUGUGUAUCAUGUUGGGCUGUAAUGAGACACAUAGCUCCAGAGACCAUCAAGACAUGAGAUUGGAUUCAUGAGAAGCACACAAGAUGAGGUUUAACCCUAUUUUAAGAGAGCCCAUGAUGAAAUAUGUGACAGGAAAUUGCUUUCAUUCAAACAAAAUGCAAAACAAAGCAGGUCAAUCCAACCCAUCUCAUGAUGAAUGUCACUUCAGUUCUACUUCCUGUUUAUAAAUAAGGAAAUGCUGAACAAUAUCAAGCACUCGUGUGUUAGCCUUAUGAAACAAUGGGGGCAUUAACUGUUUAUUGCAGUCACAAACUGGAUCAUUCGAGAUCCAGUUACUGAUAUGUUAAACUGAUUGUAGCCUUUUAUAACCUUUAUAAUUAUAGCAUCCUAUAAUUAUGAUGCAGACAACAGAAUUUCUGCAUUACUGUAGCUCUGUAAAAUGUGUCAAGCUGUGGUUGUAAACACGUAGCCUAUGUUUAGUUCAAUUGUAGUUUUGUGUGGCAUUACUAGGUUUCUGAUUGGUUUUGUUCACAUUCAUGUUAGCAUGACAAAAGCACAAACAUUUCCUUAAGAUCAUCAAAGAUUUUAUCAGAGGUUUGGACCCAGAUAAAAUGAUCAUGUCUCCAAAAACGUUGAACUCCCAAUUCUGUUGCCAGAUGAGUCCCACCUUUGUAAGGUUGACAUUAAUGAUACAGCAAAGUACAAAAUAACUAGCUACAGAUUCAUAUUAGCAUGAGGGGUGAAAAGUGACUGCACACUGGUUAAUCAGUCAUUAAUGAUAAUAGUAAACUGAUCAAAUUUAAAAAAAGGAAAACCCAUAAAUCGUCAGCAGUUUUACCUGGGCGGCCCACCCAGAUACUUUCUGUGUGGGAAAUACUGCAUGUUGUAGGUAAUUCGUUAAAAUCCCUCAGAUGCGACCCUUGUUCAAGCAAUUUAAAGGGAGACAAAGUGUUUUCAUGGCUGAUUUCAGAUUGGUUAAUCCGUGCUGAUUUAAGAAAAUCCAGAACUAGAAAUGUGGCACAGCGUAAGAGCAGAGGUGUCAUGUUUCAGCCCUGUUUUUUAAUAGUGUUCUGAGGCACUUAAAGUCUACCUGUUUCACCAACAAUACUUAGAAACAGGAGGUAAUUUAUUUUACUAUUUACAUAAAUAUUACGGUUUGAAAAGUUAAGCAGAAUCUUUCAAUAAGCGCACUGUAUUAAAGAUGUUUAGACAGGGAAGGCGAGUUUUACACAGUAUUUAAUAUUAAUUGUCUGUGUUGCUGCUCAAAGUGUCUCUGACAUAAAGUGAAAAUGUAAAGUGUUUAUUUUUUGUCCUGGGUGACUUGAUUGAUCACAGCAGGGACAGAAUUCAUUCAUUAUUAACGGUUUGAAAAAAAUGUCAGAGUCCCUGUCUGUUUAUUGCUAUGCGAGGCUCCUGUGUUGUUGUUAAUCCUUUUGCCUUUAAUUAACAUAACAAAAUUAUUAAUGUCGUCUUUUUAUCUGUAUUAUCAAGUCUUAAAUCCCUUUAGCAGCUGAGAAGCAUGCCUAAUCGUAAGGAAAUGGGUUUUGAUAUGUUUUAUUUUUUCAGCUUGUUUUUGAAGUUGCAGCUGCAGUUGAAUAAUCCAAACCGAGGUUCGUGUUUGUAGAGCAUCUGAGGGUGGAAAUUUCGCACUGAAUGAUGCAAGAUAUAUAGAUGUAUAUGGAUAAAUGGAAAAAGAUCAAGAUGUAGUAAAUGAAGCUAGAAUCAGAAUGAACUUUUUUUAGAAAGAAGCAGAGACAUUAAACAGCUGCCGAACAGCCAAGAAAUAUGUUGCCACAGUGGUUUCAAUAUAAGUGCUUCAUUUGCAAGCAAAUUUAUUAUAUUUAGUUUAAGACAGCAGUUAUAUUUUUGGACACAAAAUGCUAAUGCAAGCUGGGCCGCUCUUUUUUGAUGUCAUGUGGCUAAAAAUAAUUUGAUUAUGAUUUAUUAUCUGAUUAUGAUUUCCAACAUUCUUGAUUUUAAGUUCAUUUAGACUUCAAGUCAGGGUACAUUGGCUACACUGUUGCUGAUUAAGUUUUUACCAUCGACCAAUAAGGAGUGGGUAAGAUUUUGGUCGAGCACAAUUUUCUUGGGUAGACUCGUGGGAUCACAGUAAAAUCUCUGUAAGCUUCGAUAAAAUGUGUAUCUUUAAGAUAAGAGGAGACACAAGCACCUUCACCUGGAAGUGCAGCCCCUGGAUCUGCCAACUGUGUAUACACUUAUACGACUUCUGGGAAGUAAAGUUUUAUCAAUGCUCCAGAAAUACUACUUUAUGCGUAAGCAGUCUUCAUAUGGCUUUGUAACCUGCAUAUAUCACAGGGUUACAACCCUACUAUAACUUCACACUGGGUCUAUUCAUCAGGUGCUGUGAUGCCUGGUGUGAUUUUCAGUGUCAGUACAAUGUGUACAGAGCAGUAAAUCAGAUUAGCUUUAUGUAUGGGUCUCUCUCUCUCUCUCUCUGUAUGUGUCUGAAGAGCAUAUUUGUACCAUUCACUGAUAGGAUCCACCACUCACGUUAAGAUAAGAGGAAUUGCAAUUCCAAACUUGAUAAGAUGAUGCUUUAUUAUUUCCCUUUCAGGCGACAUUAAUGAUUUUUGGUCAAUUAAAAUGGUCCACUUCAUAAACCUGUCCUAAAAAGACAAAUCAAAUAGUUACAGGACAGAAAAAGCAGCUAGAGUUUGAACCAUUAACACAACAAGAGAGAAAUUAUGAUCUGAUUAAUUUCACUGAGGUUAGCCUCUGAAGAUAUAUUAGCAGUCCCUCACUGUGAACAAAGCAGAUGAUUACAUUAGGGCUCGAGUAAACCAAAGACAAACUUGGUCAGCAGGAAUUUCACCCAUUCGUGAACUCAUCAAUUGGUGGUUGGAAAGAAAAAUACACAUUAUCUCUAAAUCAGCAAAAUCAGUGACAGUGUAGUUGUGCAGCUUGGCUGGAAAACUGAAAAGGUUAUUCUCAUUUCAGAGAUUACACACCACAAACAAAGGGGUUUCAAUAUUCCAAACACUGACACAACAGAAGGAUAUAAGUUAAUAUAUUUCAACAGUUAUAGCCUGAAAUGUAAUAUUCUUGAGUUACUACUACAAACAUUUCAUCAAUCAUACUUCAAUUUACAUUUUCCUUUUUUUUAUGUGUCAUGGACCCUGAUUUCUACUCCCAUUUUUAUCCUAUAUGCCUGGGUAUUUGAUCAAAUUUAGUAAUGCCCAACAACUGCAACAUACAGCAUUGAUUUUUGUAACACAUCCAGAUACCUCACCAUAUACAUUCUUAGAUGAACAUGCUGUAUAUUGGAUUACACUGGGACCAUCAGUUUGAUAGAAAAACCAAUUCCCACUGGCCCGUCAGAUCUGAACACACAGCAAACACGUGUAUUAAUGCAUGAAAACACACAGGUAAGGACACAAUAUUCUCAUAUUGCAGGGUUCAGUGGCUCCAUUUAACAUUUACCCAUGCACCAUUGAGUGAAAUUAGCCUACUUUAGGCCCAAAGCAACACAGUCAAUUCACUGUAAGAGCUGCUUCCUGAGUAGUCAAUAGAUUGUAUUGUAUUACAUGCUGGCAAUGAUGAGGAGAGCAGUCCAAAGGGAUAAUACAGACUAAAACGCUGCAUACCUUAGAGGGUUGCACUGGAAUCUGCAGCAUAAUAUGGGCGAGCAGAAAAAUAACAGCCCCACUCUGUGGAGUGGAACCGGAGGAUUCAGAGAUCAAAUAGAUAAGCCACUUCAGACCUUUCCAUUUCAGUGCAUGAUAGAGCUCACAUCUCUAAACUCUUGCUCGGCACAUCAUCCCUUCCCUUUUUGAUCUCUGCUACUGAUGCUUCGAGUACAAGGCCCGACUGUGUGAGAAGAUUGUGAUCCAAACUGAAGCUUAAUUAAAUUCUUAAUUAUUCAAUUGACCCAGCAGCUGGUGAUCAGUGGAAACGAAGCAUGAAGAGGGUGUUUUAUUAAAACCCGUUAUGUUAAAUUAUAUAAGCAAUGUCAACUCAAAUGUGCAUUAGUCAGCUCCUGCAUGAUGCUAAUUAGAGCAGGAACUAAGCACACAUCUUAUUAAAAAUCACAGUUAGUGGCGAUGUCUCUCGCACGGUGCGCAGCGAGUAAACUCUGCUGCUGAUGUCACUAAGUAAAUAGAUGUACUAAAGACUUGUAAUGAAAUUACAGGCGGGCUGAGAUCCAGGAUAAACUGAGAGAAAAUAAAUCUAGCUGCCUUUCGUGGAGGCUCUCCCACACACUUCACACUUUCCUCAGAGCAUCACUACCUGCUCGUGUUUCCUGAGCUGCACCACCACUGAGAGUACAGCACGUAAGGAGGAAACACUUAAGUAGAUAUUUACUUCUCUUCAAGGCCUUCAUUGUGCAUCAUACUUCCUCCCAGUGUGCCAGUGUAGCGGCCCCAUUCCUGUUUGUCAACACUUAUUUUCGGGGAGAUUGGGGGCUGUGGAGAAUAAAACCUGAUUACACAAUCCCAAGUCGUGCUUUCAGAGUAAAGACGCCAUCCUGAAUUGGCAGUAUCGUUUCACAGCAGAGCUAACAUGCAGAAUGGCAUGAGAGGGUGAAAGCAUUCUUCUGCCGUCAGAUGAAAACUUUUAUCUCUUAAUUCUCCCCAGACUUAAACCUUUAGUCUCUAAACACAGUACUAACACUCGCCCCACUCG